CCCGACUGGACGAGGAGUUCGUCCUUUUUUUUCCACGAACUUGAUCACCGACAGGUGGUUUUGUAUUUAUUUAUUUAUUUAUUUUAUUUUUUAUUUUUUUUUUUUAUUUCGUAUUGUGGACCGACCAGUGAAACUAGCCAACAUUGGACUACGGAUACACGGAAGGAUCGUGCCUGAAGGAGGCUGCUGUCAGCCAUGGGGACGGUCAAGAUGAAACAUCUUUGGCCGUUGGUGGUGUGGAUACUUCUGUUCCUGUGUCCAGCCGAAUCUCUGAGAGGACUCGGCCAUGGACUAAGGAGAGAAGUGUUCUUUCUGAACCUCGAAGACGGCUAUUUCGGCUGUCAAGUAAACGAAUCGACGGACAUCCUACAACUCCUCGAAUUAUCCAAACUCUGCGACAAUAACGUCGAUUGUUAUCAAGGAACGGACGAGCAACGCGAUAGAUUAAAAUGCACAGACGAUUGUACCAAGGAGGACGGGACCAGGUGUCUGAACGGCGUCUGCUUGGAUUCCGUGUGCCAUUGCAACGAUGGUUUCGGUGGUUGCAAUUGUCAGGUUCCAGACGAGAACGAGUGCAAAUACCGACCCUGUGAUAUAUUCGCUCACUGCACGAAUACUCUUGGUAGCUUCCAAUGUUCCUGUUUCCCUGGCUAUCAAGGCGAUGGUUUCCAUUGCGAAGACAUCAACGAGUGUGAUAAUCCGGUAUUUGCUGCGAGAUGCGUCGAGAACGCCGAGUGUUGCAAUCUUCCGUCGCACUUCCUAUGCAAAUGCAAAUCUGGCUACAUCGGUGACGGCGAGGUGCAUUGCGAGGAUGUGAACGAGUGCGCGAUACCUGGAGCCUGUGCCGAUAAUACUAUUUGCAAUAAUAUACCGGGAAACUAUACUUGCGCUUGUCAACCUGGGUACACGGGAGACCCGUACGAAACUUGUAUCGAUAUCAACGAAUGCAAUUACGCGGGUGCUUGCGGAAGGGGUGCAUUGUGCGUGAAUCUUCCGGGAACCCACAAAUGCGAGUGUCCCGAGGGUCAUAACGGCGAUCCUGAAGAAGAAUGUGUGGACAUCGACGAGUGCCUGCGCAGUCCUUGUGGUCGUUCAGCUCAGUGCACAAAUGUACAUGGCAGUUUCCGCUGCUCUUGCCCGGAAGGAAUGAACGGCGAUCCUUGGGUAGGCUGUCACGAUGUAAACGAGUGUGAGGAGAGUACACCGUGUGGAACGGAUGCUGAAUGCGUGAACACGGAGGGUAGUUUCGAGUGCAGAUGCCAAGCAGGCUAUCAAAUGGAUCCAACACACGGUUGCAUCGAUGUGAACGAAUGCAGCCGGCCGGAUGCAUGCGCGGAGAACGCAAGAUGCAUCAACGUGCCGGGAUCGUAUAAGUGCAUCUGUCCCCAGGGCUUCAGUGGUCGAGGACUAACAUUAUGCGAAAACGUGAACGAAUGCGAGAGAAAUCCUUGCGGUGAAAAUGCUGAAUGCACAGACACGAUCGGCAGCUUCGUAUGCAGUUGCAAGGCGGACUACACUGGAGAUCCGUUUAAGGGAUGCAGCGACAUCGAUGAAUGUACAGCGUUGGAUAAUCCUUGCGGAAGAUACGCGAUUUGUAAAAACUCGGAUCCUGGUUACAAUUGUGUCUGUCCACCGGGAUACAGUGCCAAUCCCAAUCCGACAGUCGCUUGUGAACAGACCGACGUGACAACGCUUUGCAAAUCGAAUUUCGAUUGCGUGAACAACGCCGAAUGCAUCGAAGGACAAUGUUUCUGCAAGGAUGGUUUCAAAGCUGUUGGAGCUGAAUGCGUCGACAUUGAUGAGUGUCUUUCGAACCCCUGUGGGCCUGCAUCGAUCUGCAGCAACACCAGGGGAAGUUAUCACUGCGAAUGUGAAUCUGGCUUCGUUGGAACUCCUCCACACAUACCCUGCAAAGCACCGUGUGACGAAGUAACUUGUGGGGAUCAUGCGUAUUGUAAAGCAGAUGGCCACGAAGCUUACUGUAUUUGCGAGGAUGGUUGGACCUUCAAUCCGAACGAUAUCGCAGCUGGCUGUGUUGAUAUAAACGAAUGUGACGCGAUAAAUGGUCCUUCGGGACGUUGCGGUAAAAAUGCAAUUUGUACCAAUACUCUGGGUGGAUUUAGUUGCCAGUGCAAAUCUGGAUUUUCUGGGAACGCUUUUAAACAAUGCCUGGAUGUAGACGAAUGUAGUAGAUCAGAUGUCUGCGGUCACGGCGCUACAUGCACCAACACCGAGGGUUCUUACUCUUGUACCUGUCCAGAAGGAACUAUUCCGGAUCCUGAUCCUUACAUCAAGUGUGUCGGUAUAGUUACUUGCGAAAUGGAUGGUGACUGCCCUGGAAACGCGAUUUGCGAUCCACAGAAACGUUGUCUGUGUCCUGAGCCCAACGUUGGAAACGACUGCAGACAUCCAUGCGAAGACUUAUCUUGCGGACCAAACGCCCACUGUAUGCUGUCAAACGACGUGGCAACGUGUCUCUGUCGCAGUGGUUAUACAGGAAAGCCAGGCGUGAAGGGUGGUUGCAGAGACAUUGACGAAUGCGCCAUUAAUCCGUGUCCUCAAGGAGCGAUCUGCAAUAACGAGCCGGGAUCCUUCUCCUGUCAGUGUCCUAGUGGUACCACAGGUGAUCCUUAUAGCGGUGGUUGUCAAGAAUCAAAGGCUCCUCACGUGUGUGGACCAAGUACUCCGUGUCCCGCCGGAGAACAGUGCAUUAAAGAUGAAUUCGUGGGUAGCAGCGUUUGUAUUUGCCAGAGAGGAUAUACUAGAGAUCACGAGACUGGUAAAUGUAGAGACAUCAAUGAGUGUAUGGAACUCAGAGACAAACCUGCUUGCGGUGUAAACGCUAUUUGUAAGAAUUUACCCGGCAGCUACGAGUGCCAAUGUCCACCUGGGUUUAAUGGGAAUCCUUUCUCCCUUUGUGAAGAAUGCAACAGCAUCGAGUGUCAAUGCCAACCUCCAUAUAAAAUCGUCAAUGGAAAAUGUAUGCUGGCCGGGUGUUCCAAGGGAGAGAAAUGUCCCAGUGGUGCAGAAUGUAUUACCAUUGCUGGAGGAGUCAGUUACUGUGCUUGUCCCAAGGGAUACACUACUAAGGCUGACGGUUCUUGCGAAGAUAUAAACGAGUGUAUCGUUGGACAUCAAGUAUGUGGCUACGGAGCCGAAUGCAUAAAUCUCCCAGGAUCUCAUCAAUGCGUCUGCCCACACGGUUAUGGCGGAGAUCCAUAUAACGGUCUGUGUUCUCCAGCUCAGAAAAGAUGUACUAGUGACAGCGAGUGUAAAGCUAACGAAAAAUGCGUACAGCCGGGUGAAUGUGUUUGUCCGCCACCAUUUUACACGGACAUCGAUGGAAACCUCUGCAAAAAUCCUUGUGAUCGGUUUCCAUGCGGUAUAAACGCAAAGUGUACGCCAAGCGAUCCACCAAGAUGUAUGUGCGAGGCUGGCUACGAAGGAGACCCUCAACAUGGCUGUGUCGACGUGAACGAGUGCGCUAAUAAUCCUUGUGGACACGGUGCUUACUGUAUUAACACCAAAGGUGAUCAUAUUUGCGAGUGUCCAAAGGGAACAGUGGGAGAUCCGUAUGGUGGUGGUUGUACUGGAGCUGUGGCGAAGAACGAAUGUUCCUCUAAUGAUGAUUGCGACAAUAUCUUCGCCUGUGUCAAUGGAAAAUGCGUGAAUCCUUGUGACAAUAUACCUUGCGGACCAAACGCCUACUGUGAGCCUGAUAAACACGCUCCAUGGUGUAGAUGUGUGAUUGGAUUCGUGGAGGGCAAAAACAACGAAUGUGUUUCACAGUGCGAUGGUUUCGUCUGUGGCUCUGGAGCACAGUGUAUCGUGAGUUACAGUGGACCAACGUGUAAAUGUAUCGAAGGUUUCAUGGGUAAUCCUUUCCCUGGUGGUCAAUGUCAACCAGAUAUUUGUUCUCCGGAAGUGCCUUGCGCAGAACCAAGCGUAUGCAUAAGUGGAAGGUGCAAACGUCGAUGCGAAGGUGUAGUCUGCGGCGUUGGUGCAUCUUGCGAUCCAGCGACAAAUAAAUGCAUGUGCAAUCCAUAUUUCAUUGGAAAUCCGGAUCUCCUUUGUAUGCCACCAAUUCAUCCAGCUGCCUGCGAUCCUCCUUGUGGCUCCAAUGCUCACUGUGAAUAUUCAUUGCGAGAAGAGAAUAAGUGUGUGUGCAAUCCUGGCACUAUAGGAAAUCCAUAUCACGGUUGUGGUGUACAACAGAAGUCUGAUUGCUCGACUGAUUUGUGCGGCAAGGAUGCACACUGUAAUGCUGGACCGAAUGCUGUUGAAUGUUUGUGUCCUCCAGGAUACGCUGGAAAUCCGUAUAUUCAGUGUCAUGACAUCAACGAGUGCAAUGGAAACGCUUGCGGAAACAACGCAGUGUGCAUCAAUACAAUCGGCAGUUACGACUGUCGCUGCAAAGAUAGCUAUUUCGGCAAUCCCUUCAUCGGUUGUCAACAAGUUCAAGUUGGUCCUUGCACCGAUCCAUCAACCUGUAGCUGCAGUGAUUCAGUUCUCUGUCCAUUCGAUUACACUUGCGUAUCUGGCAAAUGCAUAAACCGUUGCAGCGACGUGAAAUGUGGUCCCAGAUCAAUUUGCCAGGAUGGAGCUUGCUUGUGUCCACCCGGUUAUAGCGGUAAUCCCAACGAUCUGACCAAAGGUUGCCAUCUUCACGGUCACUGCUCCAACGAUCUGGACUGCGAACCUCAACAGAUCUGUUUCCAAGUUGGAAAAGGCGUCAGAAAGUGCGUGGACGCGUGCAGCAAGUUACAGUGUGGUCCAAACGCGUUGUGCGUCACCCAGAAUCACGUGUCUUCGUGUCUCUGCAUCGAUGGAUACGAGGGAAAUCCAAGCAAUCUCAUAGAAGGCUGUCAGCCGCUUAAAUCAGUGAUAACACCAGGAUGCAAACAUGACUCAGAUUGCGCGGAAGGUUCCUUCUGUAUCCUUCUAGACGGUGGUUUCCGCGAGUGUGUGAAUCCAUGCAGCAAGGUGGUCUGCGGUGCUCAUCAAAAAUGUGAACCUGAUAUAAUCCCUGGUCACGCAACAUGCAGGUGUCAGGAUAGCUACGAAUGGAAUCCAAUACUAUCAUCCUGCGAGAAACCAUCUGUCCCUGAUUGUAUAUCCGAUGACGACUGUCACGCCACAGAAGCAUGCAGACCAGAUGCACUUGGUGUAUUAAAGUGUGUCUCCGUGUGUAAAAGCUUUACUUGUGCAAUUAAUUCUCAGUGCGUAGCAGAGAGACAUCGAGGCCGUUGUGAAUGUCUGUCUGGUUUCGUUGGUAAUCCAAACGAUCGUCAGGGAUGUCAGACACCUAGAAAGGAUCGGUGUUCCACUGACAGUGAAUGUCCGGAAGAUCAGACCUGUAGAAGCACGAAAGAUGGCCUUCUGACUUGUCAACCAGUCUGUAAUUUUGUUUCGUGCGGUCCAAACGCUUUGUGCGUGGUGCAUAAUCACGUAGCCAAUUGCGAGUGUCCACCUGGCCUCUACGCUGGCGAUCCUAACGACGUUAUGAAAGGAUGUAAAACUGUUCCAUGCGUGUAUAAUAUCGACUGUCCACCUACUCAGCUUUGCAAUAGAUUGACAAACACUUGCUACGACGCUUGCGAUGAAGAUGCUUGCGGCGUGAACGCCGUUUGCAUCGCGGAUGAUCAUAAGGCAAUUUGUCAGUGUCCACCAGGAUUGAAGCCCAAUCCUGUUCCUGAUGUUGAAUGCGUUGCUCUUGAAGCUUGCCACCCGAAUCCUUGUCACGAAACAGCUCUGUGUGUUCCUGGACCGUCUAAUAAUCCUGUUUGCCAGUGUCCAUCGAAUUUUGUUGGUGACCCUUACGUGAAAGGUUGCCAACCGGAGGGAUAUUGCGCCACUGCCAAGGAUUGUCCAGUGCAUUCUAUUUGUCACAAUCAUCGAUGCGUGAAUCCUUGCGAAAACGCCUGUGGACCGAAUUCGAUUUGUGACAUUAUCAAUGGACAACCCACUUGCAAGUGUAUUCAUAAGUUCAUUCCAUCUUCGAAGGGCCCGCAGGAUGGCUGCGUCCGCGCUACGAACUAUUGCAAUGUAGAUGCUGAUUGCGUGGAAAGUGUCUGUCUUGAAGGACAGUGUAUAGCUGUUUGUCGAGCGACUACUGACUGCUCUGCUGGAGAGAAAUGCGUGAAUAGUAAGUGUAUGGUACCUUGUGUUACUCAUACACAGUGUCAGACUGAUCAGGCUUGUGUCAACGGAAUAUGUAUUCUUGGAUGUCGAAGCAACAAAAACUGUCCUUUGACGGAGUCCUGCAUUAAUAACAAGUGUCAAGACCCGUGCAAGAGGAAGGACGUUUGUGGUCCAAACGCGAUCUGUAGCUGCACAAAUCACGCCACAACGUGCACCUGUCCGCUUGGAUUCCACGGGAAUCCUACACCCCAACAAGGUUGCGUCAGAGUACCGAGUAUCUGUGAAGGUCCUCAAGAAUGCCCUAGCCAACAUCUCUGUGUCUCUGGAUUCUGCCAAUGUCAAUGCAGCGAACAGAACAACUGUGCCGAAGGAGAACGUUGCAAGAAUGGAAUAUGCGUGAAAGUGUGUUACAGCGACAGCAAUUGUUUGCCAGGUGAAUUAUGCAUCGAUGGAGCUUGCGAAGUAGGUUGCACCUCCGACGUCGGUUGCAAUGAUAACGAGGUGUGCAUCAAUAACAAAUGCAAAUGCAGUCAUGGAUUCAUCGCCGGACCGGAGCACUGUUUAGAUAUCAACGAGUGCGACGAUCAACCGUGUCAUUCGAGUGCUGAGUGCGUUAAUCUUCAUGGAUCUUAUCGCUGUGUUUGUCCGCAAGGCACAGCUGGUGAUCCUGUGGGAUCAGGUUGUGUGAUUCCUCAUCAAUGUACCGUAAACGCAGAUUGUGCCGAUUCACAGGCUUGCGUUCAACAUAAUUGCACCGACCCUUGCUCUCUGGUCGACUGUGGACUCAACACUAUUUGCUCUGUUUUGGAUCACACGGCUGCGUGCCAAUGUCAGCCUGGUUACAUCGGAGACUCUUCAGGAUGCUUCAGAGUGGAAUGUCUAUCUAACAAUGAUUGCCCUAUAGACAAAUAUUGCAACCAAGAUACCAAUAAAUGUAGCAGUCCUUGUAAUCAAGUGGAUUGUGGCUAUGGCAAUUGCAUAGCAUCCGAUCAUUCUGGAAUAUGCAAAUGUUAUCCUGGCUUCGAGUUAGUUGGUGAUAUUUGUGUAGACAUUGACGAAUGCUUAAAGAAUCCUUGUCACUCUUCUGCACUUUGUCAAAAUACGGAAAGUUCGUUCGCUUGCGUCUGUCCCCAUGGUUUGGUUGGAGAUCCUUUUAAAUCCGGCUGCAAACAACCAGGAGACUGUUUUACGGAUCUCGAUUGUCCAAAUACUGCUGCUUGUAUCGAUAACAGGUGUACCAAUCCUUGCGACGUGUCAUCGGGUGGAAUUUCAUGCGGAAGGAACGCUGAAUGUUUCGUUCACGACCACGUUCCACUUUGCAGAUGUCCUGGUCAAACUACUGGCAAUCCAGCAACGGAAUGUAUUCUCUUAGAGUGCAAUUAUCACAGUGAUUGUGGUCCUUCCGACGCGUGUUUUAAUCACAAGUGCGUCGAUCCUUGCUCUCUUUCGAACGUAUGUGGACACGGGGCAGAUUGCUCUCCUUUAAAUCACAGUGCAGUGUGUACGUGUCAGCCUGGUGGCACAGGUGAUCCAAAUUUGGGCUGCACGCCUGUUCAAUAUUGUAAAUCGGACUCUCAGUGUGCUACUGGUUCAGCUUGCAAUGGAGGAAUAUGUACUGCACUUUGUGGAAGCACGAGAGACUGCAUUGGUGACCAGCUUUGCAUCAAUGGACUCUGCCAGCCCACUUGUAAAAGCAAUUCCAGUUGUCCUGAGUAUCAGUACUGUCACAACAAUAUCUGUGUUCAGGAGCUACGUUGUAUAUCCGACAACGAUUGUUCUUACGAUGAAAAAUGUCUCAAGAAUAAUAUUGGCCAAGCGGAAUGUCAUAAAGCUUGUGAUUUGGUCCUCUGUGGACGUAACGCUGAAUGUAGAGCAGAUGAUCAUGCUGCAGUUUGCUCUUGCAAAUCUGGAUUCUUUGGUAAUGCAAAGGACGAUAAGAUCGGUUGUCAACCUAUUGAGUGUGAAGUCAACGACGAUUGCAGCGCGGAGAAGAUUUGCGACGCGCACAAAUGCAGAAUUGCUUGCUUAGCUCACAAUCCUUGCGGUGUUAAUGCUAUUUGUACAGCGGAGAGACACGUUCAGGUUUGCACGUGUCAACCAGGUUACACUGGAGAACCUACUCACGGAUGUCAAUUGAUCGAUUAUUGUCUGAACGAACCUUGCGCUCCUGGUGGUGUGUGUGAAAAUUCCAGAGGAUCUUAUAAGUGUUACUGUCAACAUGGAAUGGUUGGAGAUCCUUAUAACAGCGGCUGUCAACCACCAGUCGAAUGUUUGCAAGAUGGAGAUUGUCCACUGUCUGCCAAGUGUAUAAAUAUUAACAAUGUACCUAAAUGCUUCGAUGUUUGUUCACGUACACAGUGUGGUCCAAACGCCGACUGUGUGGCCACUAAUCACGCAGCAGCCUGUCAGUGCCGGCCCGAUUACGAGGGUGAUUCGAACAAUCUAAGUAUAGGUUGUCGACCUAAACCGGUUAUUUGUUCGUCAGGCAUAGACUGCUCGCCCAAUACUUACUGUUACGAGGGAAUCUGUCGACCGUCCUGUCAAUCGGACGAAGAAUGCAACUUGUCAGACGUGUGCCUCAACGGACAAUGCUUGGAUCCAUGCAACGUGAGGGCUGCGUGUGGAAUAAAUGCGGAAUGCGACGUGAGGAGUCACAUUAAACAAUGCAGCUGUCCACCUGGGUUCACUGGUAACUCGGAAGUGGAAUGCGUCAGAUUGCCCGUGUCCUGCAGAGACACCAAUGACUGCAACGAUGGCAACACUUGUCGUGACAACGUGUGCCUUCCAAUUUGCUCUACCGACAACGAGUGCGCCUUCAAUGAAAAAUGCGUUCGUGGAAACUGUCUUCUCACCUGUAGACUCGAUAACGACUGUUUCCUGGGUCACAUCUGUCUGAACAACAUGUGCACGUUUGGUUGUCGCGCGGACGAAGAUUGCAACGCGAACGAAGCUUGUAUUACGAACAAGUGCACCAAUCCUUGCGAAGCCACCCCUUGUGGACCAAACGCCAAGUGUACAGUAUUCAAUCAACGAGCCACUUGUUCGUGUCCAGCAGGCUUCAUACCGAAUCCAACUGCGAAAGUAGCUUGUUUGAGAUCACCUGGGCCUAUCUGUCAAGCGAACAGAGACUGUGCAACAGGAACAGCUUGCAUAGGAGGAGUCUGCACUCCUGUAUGCUCUACAGACUUGAAUUGUUUGAGUAACGAACGAUGUGAUCCUUCAGGAAUUUGUAAAUCGUUGUGUAGAAGAGAUGAGGAUUGUAGAAGCGGGGAGAUUUGUGAGGGAUUGGUUUGUGUCAUUGGAUGUCGCGCCGAUGUGGAGUGCCAGGAGAAUUUCGCUUGUUUGAACAAUCAGUGUCAAGAUCCUUGUUCUCUUCCUGAUGUCUGUGGAGUAAAUGCGAAGUGCGCGGUCGUAAAUCAUCAGAGAGCGUGUUCUUGUCCUAUACCAUUAGUCGGUGAUCCUCUAAUUGGUUGCAAACAGGCGUUCUUACCUUGUAAUAAUGAACAGGAAUGUGCAACUGGUCAGACUUGUUACGGAAGAUCCUGUUACGCUACGUGUAGAAGCGAUGCUAAUUGCUUGAGCGACGAACGGUGCGAUGGUGGAAUCUGCAAAGCUAUUUGCAACAGCGACGAUCACUGCGUGGCCAAUCAGAUUUGUCAAAAUAGGCUCUGUGAUAUUGGAUGUCGAAGCGAUAACAGUUGUCCUAACGAUGAGUCCUGCGUGAAUAACAAGUGUAGAAAUCCUUGUGAGGGUGGCAAGGCUUGCGGAGAAUGUGCAGGAUGUCGCGUGGUAAAUCACGUGGCACAGUGUAGUUGCCCAGCUAAUUAUUAUGGGAAUGCUUUGAUUAGCUGCGCGAAAUCUAUGAUUCCUUGCGAUGGUACUUGUGAAUGCGAUGAAAUUGGUUUUUGCACGAAGAGCUGCUAUAGUCAGGAUCAAUGCUCUUGCGGGGAAAUUUGUCACACCGGGAAAUGUCGCAUCAUAUGUGACGUUAACAACUAUUGUCCAAAGGGAUACGUUUGCGACAAAGGACUAUGCCUCAUCGGUUGUCGCACUCAUUCCGACUGUCCAUCCUCAUUAUCCUGCGUCAGUGGUCAGUGCGAGAAUCCUUGCUCAGCCAAUGGAUCUCCCUGUGGUGUCAACGCUCUGUGUCGUGUUUCGAACCAUAGAGCAGUAUGCUUGUGUCCAGAAGGAUAUCAAGGAGAACCCAGUCAAGAAUGUUAUCAACUGGAGUGUCAUCAUGACGACGACUGUGAAGCUAAUAAACGCUGCAGCGAGGAUGGUGUCUGCACGAAUCCUUGCUUGCAACAUGGUGUCUGUGGCUUCAAUGCACAAUGUAGAGUGGUUAAUAGAAAGGCUCAGUGCUCUUGUCCACCUGGACAUUAUGGAAAUCCUAAGAUCAACUGUAAGAAAGGUGGAGACGAGUGCUUAAGAAGACCAUGUGGCGUGAACGCAAAAUGCAGAGAAACUCUCAAUGGAUUCGAAUGUACUUGCGAUCCUGGAUGCUAUGGUGAUCCUCAUCAGGCUUGUAUUUGCGACGGCGGAGAACUGUGCAAGGAUAUACGCUGCGGAGUGAAUGCCGCGUGUAGGAUUUACAAGAAUCAACCACAGUGUUAUUGUCCAUCGAAUUAUCCAUCUGGAGAUCCAACACAGACUUGUAUCGCGGACAAGAGUUCAGGAGAUUGUCGAACGAAUGGUUGCGGCAAGGGUGCGGAAUGCAUACGAGACGGAGCGAUAUUCGUGUGCAGAUGUCCACCAGGUACCAGUGGAUCGCCGGACAUCGAGUGCACGACAGAGCGCGAAUGCACCAGUGACCUAGAGUGCCCCAAUGAGAAAGCCUGCAUAAACCUGCAAUGCGUGGACCCGUGCGGUCUCCGCGGCGCCUGUGGGAUCAACGCGCUGUGCCGUGUGGUUCUGCACAAGCCACGAUGCUCCUGCCCUCAGUGUUAUAUCGGUAUGCCUCACACCGCCUGUCAUCCAGACCCGAAAUGCGAAACGCUGAAUCCCCGGCCUACGCCGAACAUCGGUUGCUCGUCCGAUCGCGACUGCCCGGAGAGUUUGUCCUGUCACACGCGUACCGGAGAGUGUCGCGAUCCCUGUCUAAGCUCGCGAUACAACUGCGAGGUAAAUAAGAGAUGCCAGGUGCGGAACCACAGGCCCAUGUGCGUAUGCAAAUACGGAUUCGUCGUGAACGAGGUCGGCGAGCUGACAUGCGCGCCCGACACAUUGACUUGCACGAGGGACUUCGACUGUCCGUCGAACGCCGCGUGCGUCAAUGGGAAAUGCCAGAAUCCGUGUAACGUGCGAAAGAAACGGCCGUGCACGGCUGACAAAACCUGCGAUGUCCUGGACCACCGUCCCGUCUGCAUAUGCACACAAAACUGCAAUCCCUCCCUCUCCAUUUGCCUGCGAGACAGUGGCUGCUCUCCAGAUUUGGCGUGCCGCAACUAUCGCUGCGUGGACCCAUGCAGAAACUCCACCUGUCCGGCUGAUGCCCCCUGUUACGUGGAGGAGCACAAGCCUAUCUGCAAGUUCUGUCCCCCCGGCUUUGUGCCAGACACUAAAUACGGAUGCAUGAAAGCAGUACUCCACCACACGCCCGACCAUUUCUGCGAGUCCGAUGACGACUGCAACGACACAGAAGCCUGUGUCGAUGGAUCCUGCGUUGAUCCUUGCGUCGACCACUGUCGAUCGACAGUUCCAUGUCGGGUUAAAGCACACAGGCCUGUUUGUGACUGCGACCAACAUGAUCACACUUGUAUAUACAUCACAACCGUGUCAACUCUUGACUACUCGACACCCGUAACUUCUGAGAUGUCUACACUUGUAACAACUAUGCAGCCUAGCUUUGAAAAAACUCCUGUUGUUACGGAAGAAAGUACUGUUAUGAAAGAAAGUACAACAAUUCCAUAUUCGAGCGAAACCACCGAAUCUUCGAGCAGAAUAUUCACCGAGACUUCUACCAUUCAAGAAAGCACUCCUAUGCCUGUAGAAAGUGAAUCAACUUCACCUACAACGUUAGCAAGUGAUGUAUCGGAAACUUCCAUGAUGUUGACAACGCAUAUGGAAGCCAUAGAAACUACUACCACUUCAGAUGUUUCGGAAGUAUCUAUUAUUAAAGAAAUCAAAUCAACUUUGCCUACCACAGAGGCAGUCCAUGUGUUUGAGACUUCUACAAUGCCGACGACAACUGUGAAAGGCAGAGAAAGCACCAUUGCUUCAGAUAUUUCAGAAGAAAAUACUGUCAAAGGUAUUUCUGAAGAAGAUACUGAAGUUGUUCCAACUGUGAAAGGUAUUGAAUCUAGUAGCGAAGAGAUAACUACUGUAUCUCAUGUUAACACUACGCGAUAUAUUUCCACUACAGAAAUGACAUUUACUACGGAUUUAAUAAAAGGAAUGACUGAAUCAGAUAAAGUUCAAAUAGUCACUCCUGUUACGUACGUUUAUCCUCCGGAUGAGAGGUUACCAUCGGGUGACGUUGUUACUGUUACUCCAAUAUACGUAGGUGAAUAUCCUACAGAAAUUACGGAGAUUACUGAAUCGACAAGUACACCUAGUUUUAUCGAGAAUAUUACAAUUAAAGAAAGUCCUAGUACCGUGGGAUUGGUUACUGAGAAUUUGAAUUUAACGACGACAGAAGGUGUGACAUUGGUAACUGUGCUGGCAGACUAUCCUUUGAAACAUGGAACAACAAUUGAGCCAGUGACAGAGGAAUAUACGACAAGACCAUUUCUAAAUACCGUAGAACUUUCUACAGAGAAAUUCGGAACAACUACAGGAUAUUCUACAGAACAGUAUUUAACGACUGAAGGAUCAACUGAACGAUCUUUUGCAACAGAGUAUUUUACGAAGGGAGCUACAGGGACUAGGUAUUUUACAAAAGAAUCUUUGGAAAAUUCAACGACUGAACAGCCGCGAACAAGUACGGAACAACUUUCUACAACUGAACUGCAUUUGACUGAAUAUUCAACAGAACAACCUACAAUUUUACAGUAUUCGACCGAACAAUUUCCAACAAUGAAAUAUAUAAAGGAACAGAGUUCGACAACUGAACAAUAUACUACGGAACAGCCACAACUAACAACCCAAUACAUCACGGAACCUUCUACAACUAGUCAGUAUUCCACAACGCAAUACUCAACAGGACAGUCUUUUAUGACUUUACAGUAUUUAACCGAACAACCUUCUACGACUGAGCAACGAGCAAUAACACAAGAAUAUACGACAGAAGAAGUUUCCACAACCUUACAAUAUACAACAGAACAACCUUUAACAACUGAAUAUAUCAAGGAAUAUUCUUCAACAACUGAACAGUUACAAACAGUAAUGCAAUACUCCACCGAACAAUCAUCAGGAACACCGCAAUACUCGAUAGAAGAAUCUUUUACAAUUCCACAGCAAACAACAGAACAUCUGACAACAAUUGAACAAUAUAGUACAACACAGCCUGUUACUAAUCAAUAUUUCACCGAACAGCAAUCGACACAGUAUUCAAUGCAACAAUCUUCUACAACUACUCAGCAUUCAACAGAAUAUUCAACCACUGAGGAACAAUUUUCAACAACUCAACAAUAUCCCACGGAACAGCCACAAAUAACAAUACAAUAUUCCACAGAACCAUAUUCAACAAUGGUACCAUACUCUACAGAGCUAGAACAAUCCACCACCGAGUUAUAUCCCACAUUAGAAACCCCUAUAAAUACUACAGGACAGACACCUUGCGACCAAACGAUCACCAAUGGUACUGAAUGUAAAAUCUGUUUGAAUGACACGUGUCGGCCCGUGUGCUUCAACCUAACAAUGAACCAGAGUACAUCUAAUUGUAGCGUACUCCCAGAUACCAAAUGCAAAACGCACGAUGACUGUCUCUCUCAAUUGGCCUGCAUAAGUCAACAGUGUCUGAACCCGUGCACUGUCCACAAUCCUUGCGACUUCGUGGAAGUCUGUCAUGUUCAAGAUCACAGACCUGUUUGCGUGAAAGAUGUAAACGAGACAGAGUGUCCCUAUUGUCCAGCGGGUACAGAGUGCAAUCCAGCAACGUAUACUUGCGUAAAAGCGGGUUGCACUAGCGACAAAGAUUGUCCGCUGACAGAGGCAUGCAUUGAGGGCACUUGUCAGGAACCUUGCCUCGUUUGGAAUCCCUGCACCAAAAACGCGAUCUGCGUUAAUACCAAUCAUCAAGCGGAAUGCAGCUGCGAGGAUGGCUAUUACGGAAAUGGAUUCUCUUACUGUGAACCAGAAGAGGAAGGUAGAAACAUAUGUCAAUACAAUGAAGACUGUCCACCGACUAAGUAUUGUGAUCGUCUUAACCGAAAGUGCAUCGACCCGUGCUUGGAGAGUGACUGUGGUACAAAUGCCAACUGUUAUCCAGAGAACCAUCAAGCUCAGUGCAAAUGUUUGCCUGGAUUCCAAGGAAAUCCUCACAUUGAAUGCACGCUAACGAGCACCAAUCCUUGUGUUCCAAAUCCUUGUGGAUUGGACGCCAUGUGCGAGAAUGAUAAUGGCAAUCCUGUAUGCUUCUGCCCGAAAGGAUUGACUGGAAAUCCCUUCGAGCAAUGCAUACCAGAGGGUGAUCAAUGCCAAGAAAAUCCAUGUGGCAUUAAUUCUGGAUGUCGAGUGCUGUCAGGACAAGUGAGAUGUUUCUGUCUGCCAGGAUACGAAGGAAAUCCACCUAAUUCACCUUGCACUCUACCUAGUAACGCUUGUGAACCAUCUCCAUGUGGGCCUAAUACUCAAUGUACAGUAUUGAAGAACGGCGUUGCGAAAUGUACUUGCUUGCCAGGGUACAUCGAGAGUCCAAAUACAAUUAGAGGAUGCGUACCUAAAUCUGAUCAGUGUAAUCCUAAUCCUUGUGGACUUGGUGCUAAGUGUGACUCGGAUAGAGUGCCUCCAUGCUACUGUUCGAAGAACACUGUUGGAAAUCCUUAUCAAAGUUGCGCAGCGUCUCCACCAGACGUACUCUCACCAUGUGUGCUGGUACCUUGUGGAAAAAACGCAGUCUGUGUGGAAGAACAUGGUAUACCAAAAUGCAAGUGUAUUCCACCGUUUGUUGGAAAUCCAUACAUGGACGGUUGCGAGGCGGAAUGUAUUGUGAAUCAAGAUUGCGACAAUCAUCUUGCCUGCUUCAAUCAGCAUUGUAGAGAUCCUUGUCCAGGUGUUUGUGGUGCUAAUGCAAAAUGCGAAGUAAUUAACCAUGUUCCGGUUUGUUCUUGUUUACCUGGCUAUACUGGAGAUCCGUUUGAUUCUUGCAAAUUGGAGACCACUCCUCUUCCAUCUCAGAAUCCUUGCAUGCCAUCACCUUGCGGACCGCAUAGCAUUUGUCGAGUGAUGAACGAUCGUGCAGUUUGUUCGUGCAGUCCAGGAUAUCAUGGAACAUCUCCAAAUUGUCGUCCAGAAUGUUUAGUUAGCUCAGAGUGUCCUGUACAUUUGGCUUGUAUUGGUCAAAAAUGUGGAGAUCCUUGUCCUGGUCUCUGUGGACAGAACGCUUUGUGUCAGGUUAUCAGUCACAAUCCAAUUUGCAGCUGUCCUCCGGAUUAUCUCGGUGAUCCCUUCAGUCAAUGCGUCAAAGAAGACAUACCACUGCCAGGACCAAAGAAUCCUUGUCUACCAUCACCUUGUGGCCCGAACGCCGAAUGUCGCGUGCAGGAAGAUCAUCCAGUUUGCACGUGUAUCAGCGGAAUGUUCGGAGCACCACCGUUCUGCAGACCGGAGUGUCUGAUUCAUCAAGACUGUCCAAAUUAUCUCGCUUGUGUUCAAAAGAAAUGCGUGGAUCCGUGUGCUGGUUCAUGUGGAUUCAAUACUAACUGCACGGUGCAGAAUCAUCGACCUAUGUGUCAAUGUAACGACGGUUAUGAAGGAGAUCCAUUCUCUGGAUGUAGCAAAGUUAUUUUCCCAGUGCCACUGCCAUGCGAUCCAUCUCCGUGUGGUGCAAAUGCAGUUUGCAAGGAACGAAACGGAGCUGGCUCGUGUACCUGUUUACCCGACUAUACUGGAGAUCCUUACCAAGGAUGUAGACCAGAAUGUGUUCAAAAUUCCGACUGUGUUCUUAGCAAAGCUUGUAUAAACAACAAAUGCAAGGAUCCAUGCGUGGGUGCUUGUGGUAUAAAUGCUCAGUGCCAAGUGAUCAAUCAUCAACCAUCGUGUAGCUGUCUUUCUGGCUACACUGGCGAUCCAUUGAAAUCCUGUCAUAUACUGCCUGUGACAUCACUGCCAGGUGAUCCAUGCCAACCAUCACCCUGCGGACCGUAUAGUAAUUGUCGCGUGAUCGACAAUCAUGCAGUUUGUUCCUGUCAACCAGAUUAUGUCGGUAGUCCUCCACAGUGCAGACCAGAAUGUGUAGUCAGCACAGAUUGCACUCAGAAUAUGGCUUGCAUCGAUCAGAAGUGCAGAGAUCCUUGUCCAGGCACUUGUGGACAGAAUGCUGAUUGUCAGGUUAUCAACCAUAAUCCUGUGUGCAGCUGCAUGUCUGGAUACACUGGAGAUCCAUUCUUUGGAUGCGUUAAAGAAGCGGAACCUAAACAGCCGGGACCAGAACCAAGCGGAAAUCCAUGCAUUCCAUCACCUUGUGGACCAAAUUCUCAGUGUCGUGUGAUUGAUGGAUUCCCAGCGUGUUCCUGUUUGCCGAAUUAUGUAGGCAGAGCUCCAAAUUGUCGACCAGAGUGUGUCAUCAACGAAGGAUGUCCUGGAAAUCUUGCAUGUCAGAACGAACAGUGCGUCGAUCCUUGUCCUGGCUCGUGUGGUGUGAACACUUUCUGUAACGUUGUCAAACACAAUCCAGUCUGCAUUUGCAACACUGGAUACACUGGAAAUCCAUUCACAGAAUGCGUACCCAUUGUGGAAGUACCCACAACCACGGAACAACCACGCACACCAUGCAACCCAUCUCCAUGUGGAGCGAAUGCCAUCUGUAACGAGCGAAACGGCGUAGGCUCGUGCACCUGUCUUCCAGAAUACAUAGGCGAUCCCUACACAGGAUGUCGACCAGAAUGCGUGACAAACACCGAUUGUGAUCGUAGCAAAGCCUGUCUAAACAACAAGUGCGUGAACCCGUGUCCAGGCACUUGUGGUCAAGGAGCAACUUGCCGCGUAAUCAACCACGCUCCAUCUUGUUCCUGUCUUCCUGGUUACACCGGGGAUCCUUUCAACGCUUGUACACUGACAGAAACGCUACGAGAACCAGAACUGGUAAAUCCUUGCGAGCCAUCGCCUUGUGGGCCGAACAGCAACUGUCGCGUUCACAAUGGGCACGCUGUGUGCCUUUGUCAACUGGGAUUCGUCGGCGUGCCUCCAACUUGUCGUCCAGAGUGCACAGUGAGUUCAGAAUGUUCUCAGAAUAAAGCGUGUAUCGAGAACAAGUGCGCAGAUCCUUGUCCAGGUUCUUGCGGACUGAACACCAAAUGUUUGACAGUGAAUCACAACCCAAUUUGCACUUGCACAACUGGAUACACUGGAAAUCCAUUGGUCCAGUGUACUAAAUUCAACGUGUCCCAAUCUGGAAAUCCGUGUUCCCCAAAUCCGUGUGGGCCGAAUUCUCAGUGCAGAGUUAUCGGAUCUCAACCCGCGUGCUCUUGUUUGUCGAAUUUUAUCGGACGUCCGCCGAAUUGCAGGCCAGAGUGCGUUGAUAAUUCAGAUUGUUUCCACUCGGCCGCGUGUAUUAAUCAGAGGUGUAAAAAUCCUUGUCCUGGAGCCUGUGGAGAAUUGGCUAGAUGCACUGUACAGAGUCACGUGCCUAUUUGCACUUGUCCCGAAGGAUACGAAGGUGACGCCACUGUUCGAUGUAUUCUGGCACCGCCGCCGACAACAGACAUAAGCAUAACAAAUCCGUGUUCGCCAAAUCCAUGCGGUCCGAAUGCUCAGUGUCGCGAGAGAAACGGCGCAGGAGCUUGUGCAUGCCCACCAGAUCUCAUCGGAGAUCCUUAUGACAACGUAAAAGGAUGUCACAGAGAAUGUGAAUCGAACAAUGACUGUGCUCCGCAAUUGGCUUGCGUUGGUUUCAAGUGUUCUGAUCCUUGUCCAAGCACUUGUGGUACACUAUCUAUCUGUAAUGUUCAAGAGCAUGUUCCAGUAUGUACUUGUCCUCCAGGAUAUACGGGAGAUCCAUACUUUGCUUGCGAAAUUAAAGAAAUGACGAGAGUACCACCAUCAGAUCCAUGUUCACCAUCACCAUGCGGACCUAAUAGUAAAUGUCGCGAGGUGAAUGGUCAAGCAGUUUGCACGUGUCUUCCGGAAUACAGGGGAAUUCCACCGAAUUGUAGACCAACCUGUGUAGUCAAUGCUGAAUGUCCGCCUCAUUUGGCUUGUUUAAAUAGAAAGUGCGCGGAUCCAUGUCCAAACACCUGUGGAUUAAGAGCAUUAUGUAAUACCAAGAAUCAUAAUCCGAUUUGCACUUGUCCUGUUGGGUUUACGGGGGAUCCUUUUUCUCAGUGCUCGCCUGCUCAAGACGUUCCAUCGAUCACGGAACGACCACCAUCGUGCACUCCAUCUCCUUGUGGACCAAAUUCCCUGUGCCAGAUCAUAUCAGGCAGUCCAGCGUGCUCCUGUUUGCCAAAUUACAUCGGUGUUCCUCCAGAAUGCAGACCAGAGUGCAUUCUAAGCUCCGAAUGCAAGAGUCAUCUUGCUUGUGUGAACCAAAAAUGUCAAGAUCCUUGUCCAGGCUCCUGUGGCGUUAAUGCUCAGUGUCAUGUAUUGAAUCACAUUCCUGUUUGCACUUGCAUGGAUGGUUUCACUGGUGAUCCAUUUACACAGUGCAGAGUAACUUCACCAGUAACUGUACCAGCUAUAAGUGAUCUAUGCAGUCCAUCGCCUUGUGGACCGAAUGCUAUAUGUAAAAAUGGAGAUUGCGAGUGUUUACCGGAAUACAUUGGCAAUCCAUACGAAGCUUGUCGACCAGAAUGUAUCCUCAAUUCGGAAUGUCCACGCGAUAAGACCUGCCUGAAGAAUAAAUGCAAAGAUCCUUGCCCUGGGACGUGCGGUCAAAAUGCAGUAUGCGAUGUCGUGAAUCACAUUCCUGUGUGUUCUUGCAUACCUGGAUAUAUCGGGGAUCCGUUCGUUAGUUGUCGUAUUCAGCCUCAAGUUCCAGAAGCAAAGAAGGAUCCUUGCUUGCCCGUUUCACCAUGUGGACCAAACAGCCAGUGUCGCAACAUCGAGGACCAUGCAGUGUGUUCUUGUCUUCAAGGAUACCUUGGAUCGCCACCUUCGUGCAGACCAGAAUGUGUGGUCAGUUCAGAAUGUCCUCCGACUCGUGCUUGCGUGAACAAGAAGUGCACGGAUCCUUGCUUGGGUUCUUGUGGUUUGAAUGCUAGAUGUGAAGUGAUCAAUCACUCACCGAUCUGCAGUUGUCUUCCUGGACAGACUGGAGAUCCAUUCAAGAGCUGCUACGAUAUUCCAAUUUUACCAGAUGUGAAAGACACGGGAGAUCCUUGCAAUCCAUCACCAUGCGGCCCAAAUGCUCAAUGUCAAAACGUGAAUGGUUAUCCAUCCUGUUCUUGUCUUCCAACUUAUGUCGGAAUCCCACCAUCUUGUCGUCCGGAGUGUCUUAUAAAUCCUGAUUGUCCAUCAGACAAAGCUUGCGUAAAUUCAAAAUGCACGGAUCCUUGUCCAGGAUCCUGUGCGGAGAAUGCCAGAUGUUUGGUAGUGAAUCACGCUGUCACUUGCUCCUGUCCACCUGAUUACACAGGGAAUCCUUUCGUCCAAUGUGUCGAAGUAGAACAGGAACCAAUUAACCCAUGCGAGCCAUCGCCUUGCGGUCCAAACGCGAUCUGUCAACAACGUGAUAAUGUCGGCGCGUGUAUCUGCAUCGACGAUUACCAAGGAAAUCCCUACGAAGGCUGUCAACCAGAAUGCAUUCUUAGUUCAGAUUGUCCAACGAACAAAGCCUGCGUUCAAAACAAAUGUGAAGAUCCGUGUCCAGGAAUAUGUGGUAUCCAGGCUCAGUGUUCCGUCAUCAAUCACAUUCCUACUUGCACUUGUCAACCAGGCUAUGUAGGAGAUCCUUUCAGCAUUUGCAAUUUACCAAUCAGUCGAGAAACCGAGCCUACAGUAAUUGAUCCAUGUAGUCCUUCGCCCUGUGGACCUAAUAGUUUGUGCAGAGCAGUGAAAGAUCAAGCUGUGUGCACUUGUCAGGAGUCAUUCGUUGGUUCUCCACCUAAUUGCAAGCCCGAGUGUGUCGUGAAUUCUGAGUGUCCUCAAAAUAGAGCGUGUUACAAAUAUAAAUGUAACGAUCCUUGCCCAGGAACGUGUGGCGUGGGAGCUAAUUGCCGCGUAAUUAAUCAUAAUCCGCUGUGCAGCUGUCCCCAGGGUACUACGGGAGAUCCUUUCUCCAGAUGCUAUCCUCAGACAAUCACACCACCACCACCAGUGGGUGAUCCUUGCAGUCCAAGUCCAUGCGGACUCUACGCAGAAUGCAGAGCAAUUGGCGAUCAAGCUGCUUGUUCCUGUCUCAAGAACUACAUAGGAUUACCACCAAACUGUCGACCAGAGUGCGUCGUUAAUACAGAUUGUCCUUCGAAUCAAGCUUGCAUCUCAGAGAAAUGCAGGGAUCCUUGCAUCGGAUCAUGCGGACAAAAUGCAGAUUGCAGAGUACAGAAUCAUAUUCCUGUCUGUCUAUGUCAACCUGGAUACACCGGUGAUCCCUUCACUCUGUGCUCACAGAUAAUAGAACAAAAAAAGCCAGAAGAUCUAUGCAAUCCAUCUCCCUGUGGACCAAACGCAGAUUGCAAAGAGGGAAUUUGCACGUGUCUUCCAAACUACUUCGGCGAUCCGUAUUCGUAUUGUCGUCCAGAGUGCACUAUGAACUCAGACUGCUCUCGAGUGAAGGCUUGUGUCAAUCAAUUUUGUGUGGAUCCUUGUACUGGCACGUGUGGAACUAAUGCAAAAUGCGACGUUGUUAAUCACAUUCCUAUGUGCAGCUGUCUUCCUGGUACCACUGGAGAUCCAUUCACACUAUGUCGACCACAAGUAUCUGAAGAGCCAAGAAGACAACCAUGUACACCGUCACCAUGUGGUCCAAACAGCAUUUGCAAAGUAGUGAAUGAUCACGCAGUCUGUUCUUGUCAAACUGGUUUUAUUAGUGGUCCUCCUACAUGCAGACCAGAGUGUGUAGUGAGCGCAGAGUGUCCUUUGACUCAAGCGUGUCUCGCGAACAAGUGUCAAGAUCCUUGUCCAGGAACUUGUGGCCAGAACACCAAAUGUCAAGUGGUCAAUCAUAAUCCAAUAUGCAGUUGCUCGGAGGGAUACACUGGAGAUCCUUUCACUAGAUGUUACAUCAUGCCCAAGCAACCACCAAUAUCAACGAAUCCGUGUCAACCAUCCCCGUGCGGUCCGAACGCGGAGUGUCAAGUGCGUGGUGACAGUGCAGCGUGUUCGUGCAUCGAGAAUUACAUCGGUGUUCCGCCAAAUUGCAGGCCCCAGUGUACAAUUAAUCCCGAGUGUCCGCCACAUUUGGCGUGCAUGCAACAAAAGUGUCGCGAUCCGUGUGUCGGCCUGUGCGGUUUGAACGCACAGUGUUCGGUGGUGAAUCAUCAAGCAGUGUGUGCUUGUGUCGAUGGUUACAACGGAAAUCCGUUCAGCGUUUGCGAGGUGAUCGUCAAGGAUACACCCUUAGACAUUAGGAAACCAUGCGAGCCAUCCCCUUGUGGUAUCAACGCGAUCUGUCGCGAGAACAAUGGCAUCGGUUCCUGUUCCUGUCUGCCAGACUACAUUGGUGACCCAUACGAAGGAUGCAGACCCGAAUGUACCCAAAACCCCGAUUGCUCCAAGACGAUGGCCUGUAUAAACCUCAAGUGCAGAGAUCCUUGUCCAGGAACCUGUGGAUUGCAAGCCCGUUGCGAAACGAUUAAUCAUAUACCUGUGUGUUCUUGUAAUCCUGGAUACACAGGAAAUUCGUUCACGUAUUGCUCCCCGAUCUCUGUUGCUCCAACACUGGUAGAGUCAGACCCUUGUAGUCCGUCACCAUGCGGACCAAAUAGUCAAUGUCGAAACGUGAACGACCAUGCUGUGUGCACCUGUCUGGCGAAUUUCAUUGGAACCCCACCAACCUGUCGACCCGAGUGCGUGGUAAACGCCGAAUGCUCGAGGGAACUUGCAUGUAUUAAUCAGAAAUGCGAGUCCCCGUGCGUGAACUCGUGUGGCAUCAACACGCAAUGCAAAGUGAUCAAUCACAGCCCCAUAUGCAUCUGUAAUAUUGGAUACACCGGUGAUCCAUUUACGAAAUGCUUCCCUGCUCCACAAUCGCCCCAGAAAGACACUGACCUCGUGCCCAAAGACCCGUGUGUGCCAUCACCUUGCGGCAUGUACGGAGAAUGCAGGAACAUCGGUGGUACAGCAUCUUGUUCCUGUCUGCCGAGAUACAUCGGAUCCCCACCAACCUGUCGACCAGAAUGUCGAGUGAACUCAGACUGUCCCAUGAAUCUUGCCUGUUCAAACGAAAGAUGCAGAGAUCCUUGUCAAGGAUCCUGCGGUGUCACGUCCCUGUGCACGGUUUACAACCACGUGCCAGUGUGCACCUGUCCCGAAGGAUACACUGGAGACCCUUUCAGCAAUUGCUAUCCUGCACCCGUUAGACCAACUGAACCAACUAUAGUUGAUCCCUGUGCGUCGUCACCUUGCGGACCUAAUGCACGCUGCGACGAUGGAAUUUGUACAUGUUUGCCAGAGUAUCAGGGAGAUCCUUACGUUGCUUGUCGACCAGAGUGUGUGCUGAACACAGAUUGUUCGCAAAACAGAGCUUGUUUAAGGAACAAGUGUGUCGAUCCCUGUCCUGGUACAUGCGGUCGAAAUGCCCAGUGUCUGGUAUUUAAUCAUGUACCCAUGUGCAGCUGUCCCAGUGGAAUGGUUGGAAAUGCAUUUGUUCAAUGCACUGUCCUUCAAGAUACCGUAAAGAGGAAUCCCUGUUCGCCUACGCCAUGUGGACCAAACAGUGUUUGUCGAGAAAUCAAUGAACAACCAGUUUGCUCCUGCGUGUCAGGAUUUCUAGGUGCACCGCCAACUUGUAGACCAGAGUGCACAGUCAGUUCUGACUGUCCUUUAUCAGAAGCCUGUAGUAAUCAGAAAUGUAUUAACCCCUGUCCUGGUUCCUGUGGAUUUAGAGCCACCUGUAACGUUGUCAAUCACAAUCCUAUAUGCAGCUGUUCGUCAGGCCUCAUUGGUGAUCCAUUUGUUCAGUGUAUUCCACGACCACCUCAGCCACAAGUACCACAAAACCCAUGCGAACCAUCCCCAUGUGGGCCUAAUUCAGAGUGUAGAGUCGUCAACGAUGCUCCCUCUUGUUCUUGUUCACCGGAAUUCAUAGGCGCUCCGCCAAAUUGUAGACCAGAGUGUGUCAGUAAUAGCGAAUGUCCAAGCAAUAUGGCUUGUACGAAUCAGAAAUGUAGAGAUCCUUGUCCUGGAUCUUGCGGAGCUAAUGCUGAAUGUCGAGUUGUCAGUCAUACACCUAUGUGCGUCUGUCCUAGCGAUUAUACAGGAGAUCCCUUUACUGAAUGCACACCCAGGCCACCUGUCCCAUUCAAUAUUUCUCCGUGCACCCCAUCGCCGUGUGGUUUCAACGCGAUAUGCAAAGAACAAAACGGCGUAGGUUCGUGCAUAUGUUCGCCCGAUUAUAUUGGCAACCCCUACGAAGGAUGCCGCCCUGAAUGUGUCAUUGACACAGACUGUCCAUCAGCAUUAAGUUGCAUUCGCUCUAAAUGCCAAGAUCCCUGUCCAGGAACCUGCGGCACAAACGCAGAGUGCAGGGUUAUCAAUCAUCGUCCUGCUUGCACGUGUAUUCAAGGUUACAGUGGAAAUCCAUUCCAAUACUGCACCUUGAUGCGUGAAAUAGAAGAUGAUAUAUACAAGGAUCCGUGCAACCCUUCACCUUGUGGACCAAAUAGUCAAUGUCGCGUAGUAAAUGGUCAAGGAGUUUGCUCCUGUCUGCCAGAAUUCACUGGCGCUCCUCCUAUAUGUCGUCCUGAAUGUACUGUGAACUCAGAGUGUUCUCAAGAUCGCGCGUGUGUCAAUCGGAAAUGUGUGAAUCCGUGUCCAGCUUCUUGUGGCACGUUCGCCACUUGUGCGACAAGAAAUCAUAGCCCAAUUUGUGCAUGCAGGGAAUCAUACACCGGAGAUCCUUUCACUAGAUGUUUCCCCGUUCUACAAGCCUCACCACCUACAGCAGUUGAAGUUUCACAACCCUGUUUGCCCUCCCCUUGUGGUCAGAAUUCUGAAUGUCGCGUAAUUAAUGGUGGUCCAUCCUGUCAAUGUCUACCUUCUUACGUUGGAAGUCCACCAAAUUGUCGUCCAGAGUGUACAGUGAACUCUGACUGUUCUCCUAAUCAAGCCUGUAUGAGACAAAAAUGCAGAGAUCCUUGUCCAGGUUCUUGCGGUUUUAAUGCACAAUGUAUGGUGUUGAACCAUGUCCCUAUAUGUUCCUGUUUGGACGGAUACACUGGAGAUCCUUUUAACAGUUGCAAUCCUGCUCCAAUUGAACCAACAAUAGUUGAUCCAUGUGCAUCAUCACCUUGUGGCCCUAAUGCACGUUGCGACAGUGGAAUUUGCACAUGUUUACCAGAAUAUCAGGGAGAUCCUUAUGUUGGUUGUCGUCCAGAGUGCGUACUGAACACCGAUUGCUCUCAAAAUAGGGCUUGUCUGCGAAAUAAGUGUAUCGAUCCUUGCCCUGGUAUAUGUGGUGUAAAUGCAGAAUGUCUAGUAUACAAUCACGUGCCCAUGUGUAGUUGUCCCAACGGUAUGGUUGGAAAUGCAUUUGUGCAGUGUACUACGCUCCAAGAUACCGUAAACGAGAAUUCCUGUUCACCUUCGCCAUGUGGACCAAACAGUAUAUGUCGAGAGAUCAAUGGACAGCCAGUUUGUUCCUGCGUGGCAGGAUAUCUGGGUGCACCACCGACUUGCAGGCCAGAAUGUAUAGUCAGUACUGAUUGCCCCCUCUCAGAAGCUUGCAGUAACCAAAAAUGCGUAAAUCCUUGUCCUGGUUCGUGUGGAUUCAGAGCUCUCUGCAACGUCGUUAAUCACAAUCCCAUAUGCAAUUGUCCAUCGGACCUUACUGGUGAUCCGUUUGUUCAAUGUAUUCCACGACCACCAGAGCCCGUAAUGCCACGAAACCCAUGCGAACCCUCUCCGUGCGGACCCAAUUCUCAAUGUAGAGUCGUCAACGACGCACCCUCUUGUUCUUGUUCACCAGAAUUCAUAGGUGCUCCACCCAACUGCAGACCUGAAUGUGUCAGUAACAGUGAAUGUCCCAGUCAAUUGGCCUGUGUGAAUCAAAAAUGCAGAGACCCGUGUCCAGGAUCUUGUGGAGCUAACGCCGAAUGUCGUGUCGUCAGUCAUACACCUAUGUGUGUUUGCCCUAAUGAUUAUACUGGCGAUCCCUUCACGCAAUGUACACCUCGACCACCUGUCCCAGUGAAUAUUUCUCCGUGCACCCCAUCGCCGUGUGGUUUCAACGCGAUAUGCAAAGAACAAAACGGCGUAGGUUCGUGCAUAUGUUCGCCCGAUUAUAUUGGCAACCCCUACGAAGGAUGUCGCCCUGAAUGUGUCAUUGACACAGACUGUCCAUCAGCAUUAAGUUGCAUUCGCUCCAAAUGCCAAGAUCCCUGUCCAGGAACCUGCGGCACAAACGCAGAGUGCAGGGUUAUAAAUCAUCGUCCUGCUUGCACGUGUAUUCAAGGUUACAGUGGAAAUCCAUUCCAAUACUGCACCUUGAUGCGUGAAAUAGAAGAUGAUAUAUACAAGGAUCCGUGCAACCCUUCACCUUGUGGACCAAAUAGUCAAUGUCGCGUAGUAAAUGGUCAGGGGGUGUGCUCUUGUCUCCCAGAAUUCACUGGUGCACCACCCAUGUGUCGUCCUGAGUGUACUGUGAACUCAGAGUGUCCUCAAGAUCGCGCGUGUGUCAAUCGGAAAUGCGAGAAUCCGUGUCCAGCAUCUUGUGGCACGUUCGCUACUUGUGUAAUCCGAAAUCAUAGUCCAUUCUGUGCUUGCAGUGAAUCAUACACCGGAGAUCCCUUCACUCGAUGUUUCCCCGUUCCACAAGCAACUCCACCUACAGCGAUCGAAGUUUCACAACCCUGUCUGCCUUCUCCAUGUGGUCCAAAUUCAGAAUGUCGGGUAGUGAAUGGAGGACCAUCCUGUCAAUGUUUAUCAACUUAUAUCGGAAGCCCACCAAACUGUCGACCAGAAUGUACAAUGAAUUCCGAUUGUUCUCCCAAUCAGGCCUGCAUGAGAGAAAGAUGUAGGGACCCUUGUCCAGGUUCUUGUGGCAUCAAUGCUCAAUGCAUGGUUCUUAAUCAUGUUCCUAUUUGUUCGUGUUUCGAUGGAUAUACGGGAGAUCCCUUCAGCAGUUGCACUCUUGCCCCCGUUGAACCACCUGAACCAACUGUACUUGAUCCUUGUGCAUUGUCACCAUGUGGUCCUAAUGCACGUUGCGACAGUGGAAUCUGUACGUGUCUUCCAGAAUAUCAAGGAGAUCCUUAUAUGGGUUGUAGACCGGAAUGUGUACUAAACACAGAUUGCUCUCAAAAUCGAGCAUGCCUAAGAAACAAGUGUGUCGACCCUUGCCCCGGCACAUGUGGUCUAAAUGCAGAAUGUCGCGUGUAUAAUCACGUACCUAUGUGCAGUUGUGCUAGUGGAAUGAUUGGAAAUGCAUUUAUUCAAUGCACAGUACUCCAAGAUACCAUAAAAGGAAACCCAUGUUCACCUUCUCCGUGCGGACCAAACAGUGUUUGUAGAGAGAUCAAUGGUCAACCUGUCUGCUCCUGUGUAGUAGGAUUCUUAGGAGCACCACCAACUUGUAGACCAGAGUGCAUAGUUAGCUCCGACUGUCCCUUGACACAGGCUUGCAGCAAUCAGAAAUGUGUUGAUCCGUGUCUUGGUUCAUGCGGAUUCAGAGCCACCUGCAACGUUGUCAAUCAUAAUCCCAUAUGUAACUGUCCACCAGAUUUGACUGGUGAUCCGUUUGUUCAGUGUGUCCAACGACCACCUGAACCCGUAGUGCCGGAAAAUCCGUGCGAACCCACUCCGUGUGGUCCCAAUUCCCAAUGUAGAGUCAUCAGUGAUACUCCUUCUUGUUCCUGUCUAUCGGAAUUUGUAGGAGCACCGCCAAAUUGUAGACCUGAAUGCGUUAGUAAUAGCGAAUGUCCAAGUCGUCAAGCCUGUAUCAAUCAAAAAUGCAGAGAUCCUUGUCCUGGAUCGUGUGGAGCUAACGCGGAGUGCCGCGUUAUUAGUCAUACACCUAUGUGUGUUUGCCCUAACGACUAUACCGGUGACCCCUUCACUCAAUGUGUUUCUAGACCACCUGUCCCUGUCAGUCUAUCUCCAUGUAGUCCAUCACCAUGCGGUUUUAACGCAAUAUGCAAAGAACAGAACGGAGUUGGGUCGUGUUCUUGUUUGUCUGAUUAUAUUGGUAAUCCAUACGAAGGCUGUCGUCCCGAGUGUGUCGUCGAUACUGACUGUCCAUCCACAUUGAGCUGUAUACGAUCCAAAUGCCAAGAUCCUUGUCCAGGCACCUGUGGCACGAACGCGGAAUGUAAAGUCAUUAAUCACCGCCCUGCGUGCACUUGCAUUCAAGGUUUUAGUGGAAACCCUUUCCAAUCUUGCAUCCUGAUUCGUGGAAUAGAAGAUGAUAUAUACAAGGAUCCAUGUAACCCUUCGCCUUGUGGACCAAAUAGUCAAUGUCGCGUAGUAAACGGUCAAGGAGUUUGCUCCUGUCUGCCAGAAUUCACUGGUGCUCCUCCUAUGUGUCGUCCUGAAUGUACUGUGAACUCAGAGUGUCCUCAAGAUCGCGCGUGUAUUAAUCAAAAGUGCGUGAACCCAUGUCCAGCUUCUUGUGGCACGUUCACCACUUGUGUAGUGAGAAACCAUAGUCCAAUCUGCGCCUGCAGAGAAUCAUAUACCGGAGAUCCCUUCACUAGAUGUUUCCUCGUUCCACAAACUACGCCACCUACAGCAGUCGAAAUUUCACAACCUUGUUUGCCUUCCCCGUGUGGUCCAAAUUCGGAAUGUCGUGUAGUUAAUGGAGGUCCAUCGUGCCAAUGCCAACGAAAUUACAUCGGAAGCCCUCCAAAUUGUCGACCAGAGUGCACAAUAAACUCAGAUUGCUCGCCUAGUCAAGCUUGCAUGAGAGAAAGAUGCAGAGACCCUUGUCCAGGUUCUUGUGGUUCCAAUGCUCAAUGCACGGUGCUGAAUCACGUUCCUAUAUGUUCUUGCUUCAAUGGAUACACUGGAGAUCCUUUCAGCAAUUGUUAUCCCGCCCCUGUCAGACCAACUGAACCGACUGUUAUUGACCCAUGUGCAUUAUCACCAUGUGGUCCUAAUGCACGUUGCGACAGUGGAAUCUGUACGUGUCUUCCAGAAUAUAAAGGAGACCCUUAUAUCGGUUGUAGACCAGAGUGUGUAUUGAACACUGACUGCCCUCAGAAUCGUGCUUGCAUAAGAAAUAAAUGUGUUGAUCCUUGCCCUGGUACUUGUGGUCGAAACGCAGAAUGUCAGGUUUAUAAUCAUGUACCCAUGUGCAGUUGCCCCAGCGGGAUGGUGGGAAAUGCGUUCGUUCUGUGCACAGUCGCCGAAGAUACCAUGAGAGGAAACCCUUGUUCACCUACACCUUGUGGACCAAACAGUAUCUGUCGAGUGAUCAACGGACAAUCAGUCUGUUCCUGCGUAGCAGGAUUCCUGGGAGCACCACCAACUUGUAGACCAGAAUGUGUAGUCAGCUCCGAUUGUCCCUUGACACAAGCUUGUACCAAUCAGAAAUGUGUAAAUCCAUGUCCCGGUUCAUGUGGAUUCAGAGCCACCUGCAACGUUGUCAAUCAUAAUCCUAUAUGUAGUUGUCCACCUGAUUUAACAGGCGAUCCAUUUAUCAACUGUGUUUCACGACCACCCGAGCCUGUACUGUCACAAAAUCCAUGCGAACCCUCUCCAUGCGGACCCAAUUCAGAGUGUAGAGUCGUCAAUGAUGCUCCCUCUUGCUCCUGUUCACCGGACUUCAUAGGCAUCCCGCCAAAUUGUAGACCUGAAUGCGCCAGUAAUAGCGAAUGUCCCAGUCAGUUAGCCUGUAUCAAUCAAAAAUGCAGAGAUCCGUGUCCUGGAUCAUGUGGAGCUAACGCUGAGUGUCGCGUUGUCAGUCAUACUCCUAUGUGUGCCUGUCCUAGCGACUACACUGGUGAUCCCUUCACGCAAUGUACACCUAGACCACCUGUUCCUGUUAAUCUUUCCCCGUGUAGUCCAUCACCAUGUGGAUUCAAUGCUAUAUGCAAAGAACAGAACGGAGUAGGUUCUUGUUCCUGUUUGUCCGAUUAUAUUGGUAAUCCUUACGAAGGCUGUCGCCCUGAAUGCGUCAUUGACACGGACUGUCCAUCGACUUUGAGCUGUAUACGAUCCAAAUGCCAAGACCCUUGUCCAGGUACUUGUGGCACAAACGCAGAGUGCAAAGUUAUCAAUCAUCGCCCUGCGUGCACAUGUAUUCAAGGAUACAGUGGAAAUCCAUUCCAAUAUUGUACACUGAUUCGAGAAAUAGAAGACGAAAUGAAAUACAAGGAUCCAUGUAGUCCAUCUCCUUGCGGACCAAACAGUCAGUGUCGCGUAGUAAAUGGUCAAGGAGUUUGCUCUUGUCUGUCAGAAUUUACUGGCGCACCUCCAAUGUGUCGCCCCGAGUGUACUGUGAAUUCAGAAUGCCCUCAAGAUCGCGCGUGUGUUAAUAAGAAAUGCGUGAACCCAUGUCCAGCUUCGUGUGGUACUUUCGCCACCUGUGUGAUCAGGAACCACAGUCCAAUUUGUGCCUGUAGACCAUCGUAUACGGGAGAUCCUUUCACAAGAUGUUUCCCCGCGCCACAAGCCAUUCCACCUACAGCAGUUGAAAGCACACAACCUUGUUUGCCCUCUCCUUGUGGUCCAAAUUCAGAGUGUCGUGUUAUCAAUAAUGGCCCAUCCUGCCAGUGUCUAGCUACUUACGUUGGAAGUCCUCCAAAUUGUCGGCCAGAAUGUACAAUAAACUCAGACUGUUCUCCUAGUCAAGCUUGCAUGAGAGAAAGAUGCAGAGAUCCUUGUCCAGGUUCUUGUGGUACCAAUGCUCAAUGCACGGUUCUUAAUCAUGUUCCUAUAUGUUCCUGUUUCGAAGGAUAUACGGGAGAUCCUUUCAGCAGUUGCAGCCUUGUCCCUGUUAGACCAACUGAACCAACCAUAAUUGAUCCUUGUGCAUCAUCUCCUUGUGGUCCAAAUGCACGUUGCGACAAUGGAAUCUGUACAUGCCUUUCAGAAUAUCGGGGUGAUCCUUACGUAGCUUGUCGUCCGGAAUGUGUACUAAAUACAGAUUGUUCUCAGAAUAGGGCUUGUCUAAGAAACAAGUGCGUCGAUCCUUGUCCUGGAACAUGCGGCGUAAACGCAGAAUGUCUAGUAUACAAUCAUAUACCCAUGUGCAGUUGUCCUAGUGGAAUGGUUGGAAACGCGUUCGUUCAAUGUAACAUACUUCAAGAAACCGAGAAAGGAAACCCGUGUUCGCCGUCGCCUUGCGGGCCUAACAGUGUCUGUCGAGAGGUCAAUGAACAGGCAGUGUGUACCUGCGUAGCAGGAUUCCUAGGUAGUCCACCUACUUGCAGACCAGAGUGUACAGUCAGUUCUGACUGUCCUCUGACAGAAGCCUGUAACAAUCAAAAAUGUAUAAAUCCCUGUCCUGGUACUUGCGGAUUUAGAGCCACUUGCAACGUUGUGAACCACAAUCCUAUAUGUAGCUGUCCAUCUGAACUCACUGGCGAUCCAUUCGUUCAGUGUGUUCCACGACCAAUUGAACCCGUAGCACCACAAAAUCCAUGCGAACCUUCUCCAUGUGGUCCCAAUUCAGAGUGUAGAGUCGUCAAUGAUGCUCCCUCUUGUUCUUGUUCGCCAGAAUUCAUAGGUGCUCCACCCAAUUGUAGACCUGAAUGUGUCAGUAACAGUGAAUGUCCAAGUAACAUGGCUUGUGUGAAUCAGAAAUGUAGAGAUCCUUGUCCUGGAUCUUGCGGAGCUAAUGCUGAAUGUCGAGUUGUCAGUCAUACACCUACGUGCGUCUGUCCUAGCGAUUAUACGGGAGAUCCCUUUACUCAGUGCACAUCUAGGCCAUCGGUCCCGGUGAAUCUUUCCCCAUGUAGUCCAUCACCAUGCGGUUUUAACGCAAUAUGCAAAGAACAAAAUGGUGUAGGUUCAUGUACCUGUUUACCUGACUAUAUUGGUAAUCCUUACGAAGGAUGUCGUCCUGAAUGUGUGAUUGACACGGACUGUACAUCCACGUUCAGUUGUAUAAGAUCUAAAUGCCAAGAUCCAUGUCCUGGUACUUGUGGAAUAAACACUGAGUGCAGAGUUAUUAAUCACCGUCCUGUUUGCACAUGUAUUCAAGGUUACAGUGGAAAUCCAUUCCAAUAUUGUAUUCCUACUCCGAUAGAAGAUGAAACAAAAAAUAAGGAUCCGUGCAAUCCUUCACCUUGCGGACCAAAUAGUCAAUGUCGCGUUGUAAAUGGACAAGGUGUUUGCUCCUGUCUACCAGAAUUCACGGGUACACCUCCAAUGUGUCGUCCCGAGUGUACUCUAAAUUCAGAGUGCCCUCAGGAUCGCGCAUGUAUUAACCAAAAGUGUGUUAAUCCAUGUCCUGCUUCCUGCGGGACAUUCGCCAAUUGUGCAGUCAGGAAUCAUAGUCCAUUCUGCACCUGCAGAGAAUUAUACACUGGAGAUCCCUUCACUAGAUGCUUCCCUACUCCACAAUCAACACCACCUACAGCAAUUGAAGUUUCACAACCCUGCCUACCUUCCCCUUGCGGACCAAAUUCAGAAUGUCGCGUGGUCAAUGGAGGACCAUCCUGUCAAUGUCUACCUACUUACAUCGGUAGCCCUCCAAACUGUCGUCCAGAAUGUACAGUAAAUUCUGACUGUUCCCCUAGUCAAGCUUGUAUGAGAGGAAGAUGCAGAGACCCUUGUCCAGGUUCUUGUGGUUCCAAUGCUCAAUGUAUGGUGCUUAAUCACGUUCCAAUAUGCUCGUGUUUCGAAGGAUACACGGGAGAUCCUUUCAGCAAUUGCUAUUCUGCCCCGGUUAGACCAACUGAACCGACUGUCGUUGAUCCCUGUGCAUCAUCGCCUUGCGGCCCCAAUGCACGUUGCAACGAUGGAAUUUGUACAUGUUUACCAGAGUAUCAGGGAGAUCCGUACGUUGGUUGUCGACCAGAAUGCGUACUGAAUACUGAUUGUCUUCAGAAUAGAGCUUGUAUAAGAAAUAAGUGUGUUGACCCUUGCCCUGGCACAUGUGGUGUAAAUGCAGAAUGUCUAAUAUACAAUCACGUACCCAUGUGCAACUGUCCCAAUGGAAUGGUUGGAAAUGCGUUUGUUCAGUGCAAUAUCGUGGAAGAUGUUGAAAAGGAAAAUCCUUGCUCACCUUCGCCCUGUGGACCAAACAGUGUCUGUCGAGAAAUCAAUGGACAACCCGUCUGUUCCUGCGUAAUAGGAUUCCUGGGUACACCACCUUCUUGUAGACCAGAGUGUACAGUCAGCUCCGAUUGUCCUUUGACAGAAGCUUGUAACAAUCAGAAAUGUGUAAACCCCUGUCCUGGCUCAUGCGGAUUUAGAGCCACCUGCAAUGUUGUCAAUCACAAUCCUAUAUGCAGCUGUCCACCUGAUUUAACUGGUGACCCAUUCGUUCAGUGUGUUCCACAACCACCCGAGCCUGUAGUGCCGCAAAACCCAUGCGAACCCUCUCCAUGUGGACCCAAUGCAGAAUGCAGAGUCAUCAAUGAUGCACCCUCUUGCUCUUGUUCACCGGAAUUCAUAGGCACCCCACCCAAUUGCAGACCUGAAUGUGCCAGCAAUAGCGAAUGUCCCAGUAAGCAGGCCUGCAUGAAUCAGAAGUGCAGAGACCCUUGUCCUGGAUCCUGUGGGGCAAACGCUGAGUGUCGUGUUGUCAGUCAUACUCCCAUGUGUGUCUGUCCCAGCGACUAUACUGGAGACCCUUUCACUUUAUGUUCACCUAUACUACCUGUCCCUAUCAACGUGUCACCGUGCACCCCAUCGCCAUGCGGUUUCAACGCGAUGUGCAAAGAACAAAACGGUGUAGGCUCCUGUAUCUGUUUAGCCGAUUAUAUAGGCAAUCCCUACGAAGGUUGUCGUCCUGAAUGUGUCGUUGACACCGACUGUCCGUCCACGAUGAGCUGUAUACGCUCCAAAUGUCAAGACCCUUGUCCAGGCACUUGUGGUACAAACGCAGAGUGCAAAGUUAUCAAUCAUCGUCCUGCUUGCACAUGUAUUCAACGUUACAGUGGAAAUCCCUUCCAAUAUUGUACUUUGAUACGUGAAAUAGAAGAUGAUACAACGUACAAAGAUCCAUGCAACCCUUCAUCUUGCGGACCGAACAGUCAGUGUCGCGUAGUAAAUGGUCAAGGAGUUUGUUCAUGUUUGCCAGAAUACACAGGCACACCUCCCAUGUGUCGCCCGGAAUGUGUUCUAAACUCAGAAUGUCCACCAAAUCGCGCGUGCGUUAACCAGAAAUGUGUGGACCCGUGUCCUUCUUCCUGUGGAACAUUCGCCACUUGUGUGGUUAGGAAUCACAGCCCAAUUUGUGCAUGUAGAGAGUUAUAUACCGGAGAUCCUUUCACCAGGUGUUUCCCUGUUCCACAGCCAACACCACCUACAGCAGUCGAUGUUUCACAGCCCUGUCUGCCUUCUCCGUGCGGUGUAAAUUCAGAAUGUCGCGUAAUCAAUGGAGGUCCAUCUUGUCAAUGCUUGCCAAAUUACAUCGGAAGCCCUCCAAAUUGUCGCCCAGAGUGUACAGUAAAUUCUGAUUGUUCCCCCAGUCAGGCUUGUAUGGGAGAAAAGUGCAGAGAUCCUUGUCCAGGUUCCUGCGGCUUCAAUGCCCAGUGUAGAGUAUUUAAUCACGUUCCUAUGUGUUCCUGUAUCCAAGGGUACACUGGCGAUCCUUUCAGUCAAUGCAAUCAAUUAAUCAGUCCUCCUGAACCAUCGGAGAUAGAUUUGUGUAAUCCAUCUCCCUGUGGACCAAAUGCUAUAUGCGACAAUGGAAUUUGCUCUUGCAUGCCUGAUUACUACGGAGAUUCCAAUAUCGGUUGUCGACCAGAGUGUGUACUUAACAACGAUUGUCCUCGAAACAGAGCUUGCGUGAAGAAUAAGUGCGAAGAUCCUUGCGUCGGUGCAUGUGCCACUGAUGCAAUGUGCGAGGUGGUUAAUCAUGUUCCAAUGUGCAGUUGUCCUACUGGAUUCGAAGGAAAUGCCUUUGCAUUCUGCCGUCCAGCUAUAGCCGAACUUCCAUCUAAUCCAUGCAGUCCAUCACCUUGCGGUCCUAAUAGUCAAUGUCGAGCGAAGAAUGGCCAAGCAAUUUGUAGUUGCGUACCAGGCUACCUAGGAAACCCACCAAUCUGUCGUCCAGAAUGUGUGGUCAGCUCUGAUUGUCCACCAAAUGAGAGUUGUAGUAAUCAGAAGUGUAUAAAUCCAUGUGUGGGCACUUGCGGCUUGGCAGCUCGUUGCACUGUCGCGAAUCGUAAUCCCAUUUGUCACUGUCCUGAGGGAUUCACGGGAGAUCCUUUCGUUAGGUGUACUCCACUUCCACAAGCUCCACCAGAACCGAUAAACGUUUGCCAGCCAUCACCAUGUGGACCCAACGCUCAAUGUCAGAUAUCAGGGAACUCACCUUCCUGUAGUUGUCUACCUGAAUUUAUCGGUUCACCACCAUAUUGCAAGCCAGAGUGCAUCAGUAACAGUGAAUGUCCCACGAAUUUGGCCUGCAUAAACCAAAAAUGUCGCGAUCCUUGUCCCGGUUCCUGUGGUGCCAAUGCAGAGUGCAGAAUAAUUAGUCACACACCUAUGUGCGUUUGCUCUCCUGGUUUCGUUGGUGAUCCAUUUGUACAGUGUAUUCCAAAGCUAGUCGCCCAGAGUCCAGUAGAGAAAUUCACCCCGUGUGUACCAUCUCCCUGUGGGUCUAAUGCAGUGUGCAACGAACAAAAUGGUGCAGCGUCUUGUAAAUGCAUUGCUGAUUAUAUCGGAAAUCCUUAUGAAGGCUGUCGACCAGAGUGUGUCAUUAAUUCCGAUUGUUCAGCUAAUCAAGCUUGCAUUAGGUCUAAAUGUCAGAAUCCUUGCCCAGGAUUCUGUGGAUAUAACGCUGUUUGUCAAAUUGUUAAUCAUACUCCACUGUGUACUUGUCAGUCUGGAUACACUGGAGACCCGUUCGUUCAAUGUAGCGUUAUUCAAGCUCCACCGGAACCAGCUGAUCCUUGCAGUCCAUCUCCUUGCGGUCUAAACAGUCAGUGUCGUGCAUCCAAUGGACAAGCUAUUUGUUCAUGUUCACCCACAUUUUUGGGAUCUCCACCAAUGUGCAGACCAGAAUGUACAAUCAGCACAGACUGCACAACGAACCGUGCUUGUAAAAAUCGUAAAUGCGUCGAUCCUUGUCCUGGAAUUUGUGGCAUAAAUGCUAGAUGCGAGGCCAUUAAUCACAGUCCCAUUUGUAGCUGUAAUGUAGGAUACACGGGCGAUCCUUUCGUUAGAUGUUUCAAAGUUACAAUGGUAUCAGAACCAGUGAAUCCUUGCGUUCCUUCACCCUGUGGCCCGUUCUCCGUGUGUCGUGUCGUUGGAAACGCGAACCUACCAAGCUGUACCUGUAUGGAUGAUUACACAGGAACUCCACCAAACUGUCGACCACAAUGUACUAUCGAUUCAGAAUGUGCCAGUAACCGAGCUUGUCUAAGGCAAAAGUGUACAGAUCCUUGUCCAGGCUCCUGUGGUACUGGGGCAGAGUGUCUAGUAGUAAACCAUAUGGCUGUGUGCACUUGUCCCCAAGGAUUCACAGGCGACCCAUUUGCCAAUUGCUUCCUAGAAUCUCCUCCUUCACCACCAGCACCCCAAGACGCCUGCAACCCUUCACCAUGCGGAUCAAACGCACUCUGUCGCGAUGGUAUAUGCACUUGUCUGCCAGAAUAUCGCGGUGAUCCAUAUUACGGAUGUCGACCGGAAUGUGUUCAGAACCCAGACUGUCCUCUCGAUAGAGCUUGCAAUCGUAACAAGUGUUUCGAUCCUUGUACUGGUGUGUGUGGACGAAAUGCCGAGUGUGUGGUGAUAAACCACACUCCCAUGUGCAGUUGUCCCGAUGGCAUGUCAGGAAAUGCGUUCACAGCCUGUUUCCCAGUAAAAGACCCAGAAAUAUUACAACCCUGCAACCCGUCACCCUGUGGUCCAAACAGUAGGUGUCAAGACAUCAGUGGACAGGCAGUCUGUUCCUGUGUCCCUGGUUACAUAGGAAACCCUCCAGCUUGUCGACCUGAAUGUAUCGUUAACAGCGACUGUCCAUUGAACGAAGCAUGCGUGAACCUCAAGUGUAGAGACCCGUGUCCUGGAUCCUGUGGAGUGACAGCUAGGUGUCAGGUGGUCAAUCAUAAUCCUAUUUGCAGCUGCCCUCCGGCAUUCACUGGCGAUCCCUUCGUACGUUGCUUACCUAAAUCUGAAGAACCCGUGCAACCAACCAAUCCCUGUCAGCCAUCACCGUGUGGUCCGAACGCAAUUUGUCAAGUGAUCAAUAACUCCCCAUCGUGUUCCUGUCAACCAGAAUUCAUUGGCACUCCUCCAAAUUGCAAGCCAGAGUGUAUCAGUAAUAGCGAGUGCAGUAGUCACUUGGCGUGUAUCGAACGUAAAUGCAGAGAUCCUUGCGCUGGUUCUUGUGGUUCGAACGCGGAAUGUCACGUUGUGAAUCACGUGCCGUCGUGCAUUUGCGCGAAAGACUUUACGGGAGAUCCGUUCGUUCAGUGCAUCGCUAGACAACCGGAAACAACAAUCGCACCUAGACCCUGUCAACCUUCUCCAUGUGGAGCAAAUGCUAUUUGUCGCGAACAAAAUGGUCUUAGCUCUUGCACGUGCUCACCCGAGUAUAUUGGCAAUCCUUACGAAGGUUGUCGACCAGAGUGCACUCGAUCGUCAGAUUGUCCCUCUCAUUUAGCUUGUAUCAGAUCCAAAUGUCAAAAUCCUUGUCCUGGUAUUUGUGGCUCCAAUACCAAUUGUCAAGUCGUGAACAAUCUACCAGUGUGCAGUUGCAUCCCACAAUACACUGGCGAUCCAUACGUGAAUUGCGUAUACAGAGUUCUCACGAUUGAAGAGGACCGAGAUGUAUGUCGACCAUCACCUUGCGGCCCGAAUAGUCAAUGUCAGAAUGUAAAUGAUCAGGCAGUGUGCUCUUGCCUGCCUCAAUACGUAGGAACUCCACCAAACUGUAGACCAGAAUGUGUCGUAAAUUCGGAAUGUAACUCGAAUCUCGCGUGUAUUAAUCAGAAGUGUAAAGAUCCUUGCCCUGGUACCUGUGGUCGCAAUGCACAGUGCAAGGUUGUCCAUCAUAGUCCAAUUUGUAGCUGUGGAAGCGAUUCGACAGGAGAUCCGUUCGUCUAUUGUUUCCCUGCUCCAAUGCCAAAACCAGAAGAACAAUACCCAAAAGAUCCGUGCGUUCCAUCCCCCUGUGGUCCAAACGCGAUGUGCAAAGCUCUUGGAGAGACUCCAGUCUGCACUUGCAUGAAUAAUUACAUCGGAAUGCCACCAAAUUGUCGAGCACAGUGUUCCAUCAAUUCAGAUUGUCCAGCAAAUGAAGCUUGCAUUGGAGAUAAGUGUAGAGAUCCUUGUCCAGGAUCUUGUGGCGUGAACGCACGUUGUACAGUGGUGAAUCAUACACCAACUUGUACUUGUUCCGAAGGAUUCACCGGUGAUUCUUUCAUCAUCUGUUUGCCAAUUCCUUCGCCAAUGAUCCCAGAAUCCCCAACAGACCCAUGCAACCCGUCACCUUGUGGACCAAACGCACAGUGCAACGAUGGCUUAUGCACUUGCGUGUCUGGUUAUCUAGGCGAUCCAUAUACCAUUUGUCGCCCUGAAUGCGUUAUCAACACCGAUUGCUCCCGAAACGAAGCUUGUCUAUUGCAGAAAUGCAGAAAUCCCUGUAUAGGAACUUGUGGAACAAAUGCAGAAUGCAACGUGAUCAAUCAUCUACCCAUGUGCAGUUGCCCUAGGAACAUGACAGGCAACGCUUUCGUUUCGUGUAGUCCUGUCCAAGAAACCAGCAUGGUUGAUCCGUGCAACCCAUCACCCUGUGGUCCAAACAGUCAUUGUCGUUCCUUCAAUGGUCAAGCUGUCUGCAGUUGCGUUACUGGAUUCAAAGGAUCACCACCAUUCUGUAGACCGGAGUGUGUCGUUAGCACCGAUUGUCCACGUAACAGAGCCUGCAGUAAUCAGAAAUGCAUCGAUCCUUGUCUCGGUGCUUGUGGACUAUCUGCCCAAUGCACCGUGAUCAAUCAUAAUCCUGUAUGUAGCUGUUUCGAACAGUACACAGGAGAUCCAUUUGUUCAGUGUAUCCCGAAAACAAAAGAGCCAGACGUCCCGAUAAAUCCUUGUCAGCCAUCACCUUGCGGUCCAAACGCUCAAUGCCAAGUGAUCAACAAUGCACCCUCGUGUUCUUGUCUGCCCGAAUACGUAGGAAUCCCACCAUACUGCAAACCCGAGUGCCUUAGUAAUACAGAAUGUCCAACGCAGCAAGCUUGCAUCAAUCAGAAAUGCAUAGAUCCUUGUCCUGGCUCUUGUGGAAGGAACACAGAGUGCAGGACUAUUAGUCAUACCCCAAUGUGCACUUGUGCAAGCAAUUUCACUGGAAAUCCGUUCGUGCAAUGCACACCCCAACCAAUCGAAGAUACAAUACCGCAAAAACUCAACCCCUGUCAGCCAUCUCCCUGUGGUCCAAAUGCCAUUUGUCGCGAAUCAUAUGGUACAGUUCAGUGCACUUGUUUACCGGACUUCUACGGAAAUCCAUACGAAAAUUGUAGACCAGAAUGUAUUAUAAAUACCGACUGUCCAUUCAAUCGAGAUUGUGUAAGAAACAAAUGUCAAGAUCCCUGUCCAGGAACCUGCGGCCUUAACGCAGAUUGCCAAGUGGUCAAUCACAUUCCAAUCUGCAGUUGUAGUUCAGGUUACACCGGUGAUCCGUUCAGAUUUUGCAACGUACUCAAACAACCUACUGCACCAAGUGCGACAAAUCCGUGCGAACCUUCACCCUGCGGGCCAAAUAGUAGAUGUCGCGAUGUGAAUGGUCAAGCCAUUUGCUCUUGCCUUCCUGAUUUCAAAGGCACAUCUCCGAGAUGCAGACCAGAGUGUGUAGUUAGUACAGAAUGUGCUAGCAAUAGAGCUUGUGUGAAUCAGAAAUGCGUUGAUCCCUGCCCGGGAGUUUGUGGAAUAAACGCGAGAUGCGAGGUCUUCCAUCAUAGUCCCAUUUGUAGCUGCGAUGCUCGUCAGACGGGAGAUCCGUUCGUAAAAUGCUUUGACAUGACCACACCAAGUCCACCUGUGCCCGUAAAUCCGUGCGUUCCAUCACCCUGUGGCCCGUUCUCUCAAUGCCAAAACAUAGGAGGCAUUCCAUCAUGUUCCUGUUUGCCCAAUUAUGUUGGUUCAGCUCCUAACUGUCGACCAGAAUGUUCAAUUAAUUCAGACUGUACCAGUGAUAAGGCUUGCAUCAGAGAAAAGUGUAGAGACCCAUGUCCAGGAUCCUGUGGAACGAACGCAUAUUGCAAUGUGGUUAAUCACACACCUAUUUGCACUUGUCCUAGAGAUUACACCGGAGAUCCCUUCACCAGUUGUCGUCCAAUGCCCACACCUGUCCUGCCAGUCCUAUCAGACCCAUGCAACCCAUCGCCCUGUGGACCAAACACUCUUUGUCGAAAUGGCGUGUGCAGCUGCAUAAACGAAUAUCGUGGUGAUCCCUACCAAGGUUGUCGACCGGAAUGUGUUCAGAAUUCAGACUGCACUUUCGAUAAAGCUUGUUCCAACAAUAAGUGUGUGGACCCUUGUAUUGGAAUCUGUGGACAGAACGCCGAGUGCGUUGUAGUUAACCAUAUUCCCACUUGUAGUUGCGUGGAGAAUUACGAAGGAGAUUCAUUUACCCUGUGUAAACCAAUUCAAAAACGUGUGAAACCCUGUGAACCCUCGCCCUGUGGACCCAACAGCGUUUGCCGCGAAUUUGGCGAGCAAGCUUCUUGUUCCUGUCUCCCUGGAUACUUUGGAACUCCACUCAGCUGUAGACCCGAAUGUUUGGUGAAUUCUGACUGCGAACAGAGUAGAGCUUGCGUGAACGAACGCUGCCAAAACCCGUGUGAAAACGUUUGUGGUCAAGGAGCGUUGUGUAACGUGAGAAAUCAUAAUCCCAUUUGCAGUUGCCCCGCACAGUAUUCCGGUGACCCGUUCGUCAGCUGUUUCCCCAUGAAAACGCAAGAAGAACCUAGCCAGGACCCAUGCAAACCCUCGCCGUGUGGACCAAACUCCCAAUGCACCGUGUCACCAGAUAAUAAAGCCUCCUGUGCCUGUAUGCCUGAAUUUAUAGGCGCUCCUCCCAAUUGUAGGCCAGAAUGUCUCGUGAACAGCGAAUGUCCCAGCAAUCAAGCUUGCGUUAGACAGAAGUGUAUCGAUCCUUGUACAGGACUCUGCGGCUCUAACGCUCUCUGCCAAGUUACCCUGCAUUACAUCCGUUGUGUGUGUCCCGAGGGAUACACCGGAGACCCGUUCACUGUUUGUUCCGUGGCCAAGACAACUCCAGAACCACCAACAACACUUUCGAGACCGUGCAGUCCUUCACCGUGUGGAGUUAACGCAUAUUGCAGAGAGAGAGACAACACCGCGUAUUGCGAGUGUCUGCCAGAUUUCAGAGGAAACCCGUACGAAAGCUGUCAACCAGAGUGUUUGGUAAACACCGAUUGUCCGAAAUCGCAGGCUUGUAUCAGGACCAAGUGUCAGGAUCCUUGUCCUGGUACCUGUGGAGUUGGAGCCAUCUGUACCGUGUCUAAUCACAUUCCUAUUUGCUCGUGUCCGGCACCUACUAUUGGAAACGCGUUCACUAUUUGUCAAGCUGCUUCUGAAGUACCGAGAGAAAAAGAUCCUUGUUCUCCAUCUCCAUGUGGGCCCAAUACUAUCUGCGAAAAGAUCGGCAACACUGCAGUCUGUAAAUGUCUACCUGAUCUUCAAGGAGUUCCUUCGAGCAUCACAGGUUGUCAUCCAGAGUGUGUGAUUAGUUCUGACUGUCCAGGAGACAAGGCUUGCAUCGGCAAUAAAUGCAUAAAUCCUUGCACGCAAAAUGUGUGUGGUAUCAAGGCUACAUGUCAAGCUAUCAACCAUAGUCCUCUCUGCAGCUGCGCAUCUCCGUUAAUUGGAAAUCCGUUUGAAGAAUGUUACACCAAAAUUGAAACCGAUCCUUGCAAUCCAUCUCCGUGUAGUUAUAAUGGCGAAUGCAAAGUGAGAAACGGCAUUGCAAUAUGCAUCUAUCCAGAAUGUGUUAUUAACUCUGACUGUCCACGAGAUAAGGCUUGCUUCGCACAAAAAUGCAGAGACCCAUGCAUUGGUGCCUGUGGAAUUAAUUCGCUGUGUCAGACGGUGAACCACAAGCCUGUCUGCUCGUGUCCGUCUGGAUUCACUGGCAACGCUCGCAUACAGUGCACGGUUCCAACGAUUGAAGAGCCAAUUCCAGAAUGUACUCAAAACUCUGAGUGUUCGAAUGACAAAACCUGCUACAAUCAAAGAUGUGUCGAUCCUUGCACACUGGACUCCUGUGGCUUUAACAGUCGUUGCCACGUGCAAAUGCAUCGUGCUGUCUGUGUCUGCAACGAAGGUUUCACUGGCAAUCCUCAACAAUAUUGUGGCGAAAUUGGUUGCCGUGGCGAUAGUGACUGUCCACUGACUCAGUCAUGCAUCAACAACGAGUGCAUAGACGCCUGCUGUGUGACACAGUGCGGUAUCAAUGCAUUCUGUAAAUCAGACGGAUAUCACAGACCAAGAUGCUAUUGUCCUGAUGGAUACAUAGGAAAUCCGUAUCAAGCAUGUGAAAGACCAGAGUGCAUCAGUGACAACGACUGUUCAUCAUCUUUAGCUUGUCAUGAUUCAAGAUGCGUAAAUCCUUGCGACUGUCCACCAUCAGCGCAGUGUUUCGUGAUUAAUCAUCGUCCUAUUUGUCGAUGCCCUCCGGGUUACGUGGGUAAUCCAUACACCUCGUGUCUAAUGGAACCAAUCGAACAACAGCCACAGUGUCAAGUAGAUGGAGACUGUCCCAGCAAACUGGGUUGCUUCAAUGGCGUUUGCAAAGAUCCAUGUACUGAAACUAAACCUUGCAUCGCUGGCGCGAAGUGUACUGUCGUCGAUACUUUACCAAUGAGGACCAUGGUCUGCGAGUGUUUGCAAAACUUUGCUGGCGAUGCAACUGUCGCUUGUAUCCCUGUGGACAAGAAAAUCGAGGCUGUCUGUAAAUCCGACUCUCAAUGUUUGUCAAAUAUGGCCUGUCUAAAUGAAAAGUGCAUCAAUCCGUGCAUUAUCAAUCCAUGCGCGCCAAAUGCGGAAUGCUCUGUCGAAAAUCAUCAUCUACAGUGUCAUUGCUCGCGUGGCAAUACUGGCAAUCCAUUUGUAAACUGUUAUAGAGAUACUGACUCGUUCCCAGAGUGUACAUCAAACGUAGAUUGUGCGACCAACGAGGCUUGCAUCAACCAACUAUGUCAGAAUCCAUGUGUCAGCACGCAAUGUGGUCUAAACGCGGAGUGUAUCACUGUCAAUCAUCAUCCGACUUGUCACUGUCAACAGAACUUUGCAGGAGAUCCUCAAGUCCAAUGUUUCAGACCUGAAUGCAAAUCGGACAACGAUUGUCCCUACGAUAAGACCUGUCGAAACAACAACUGUGUCACCCCUUGCCUGGUUGAAGACGUUGCGUGUGGUCGUGGAGCAGAAUGCAUCGCAGCCUCGCACAGAGCACAGUGUGUCUGUCCACGAGGUACCCAAGGUGAUCCAAAGAUCGCCUGCAUCUCCACAGUGUGUCAUUACAACGAAGAUUGUGCGGAUCACGAAGCCUGCGACAGGUUGAACAGAGUCUGUCGUCCAGUUUGCGAGGAAGAUACUUGCGCGGACACUGCGAAAUGCAUCGCAAGAGAUCAUCAACCUAAGUGCACUUGUCCUCUGGGAACCACUGGAAAUCCAUAUGUUGAGUGUAGUGGUAUACCAAUCGAACCAGAGUGCAGGGAAGACAGCGAAUGUCCAGCAUACUUCGCGUGCUUCAACUCAAAAUGCCAAGAUCCUUGCUUAUCCUCCAACAUGUGCUCUGGUGAACAAGAGUGCAAAGUAUUGAACACGGUGCCUCUUCGUACGAUGAUAUGCACUUGUCCUCCAAACACCAUUACCGAUAUAAAUGGGCUGUGCAAAAAAAUCGCUGUGCAAUGUCAUCAAGAUCAAGACUGCAACGAUUCUGACAAGUGUGUGGGUGGAACUUGCAUUGAAGCUUGUCUCACCACUCAGUGUGGAUUGAAUGCUCAAUGCGUGGCAACUGGAAUCUGUCAAUGUGCCUCUGGAUUUACUGGCAAUCCUUAUAUCGAGUGUGGUAGACUUCCAGCACUGUUGCCACCAGAUCGCCCAGAAUGCUACACUAACAGCGAAUGUUCCAAUGAUAAACAGUGCAUAAAUUCCUUCUGCGUGAAUCCUUGCGUUGUCGGGGAUCCGUGCGGUAGAAAUGCAUUGUGUCACGUAAAUAAUCACAGCCCAAUCUGCAGAUGUCCUGUGAACUAUAUUGGUGACCCAAGAAUCAAUUGUGCCCCACCGGGAAUUGUAGCCGAAUGUACUUCGAACAGCGAUUGCGCGGGUAACGCUGCCUGCGUGAACAACUUGUGCAUUAAUCCUUGCAAUUGUGGUUCAAACGCCAAGUGCAAUGUCGUUGAUCAUUAUCCAUGUUGCGUUUGUCCGCCUGGUUAUUCCGGAAAUCCUCAAUUAGGUUGCUUCAAAUUGGACUGUGAAUCGGAUAGCGAAUGCAACAACGCAGCCACGUGCUACAACGGCCAGUGUGUGAAUCCUUGUAUCCUGGAGAACAAGUGUGCGAUAAACGCGGAAUGUUACGGCCAAAACCACCGUGCCAUUUGUCGUUGCGGUCCAGGCUAUCUAGGCAAUCCAGAAGUGCACUGUGAAAGAGUAGAGUGCAGUGCUGAUCAUGAUUGUCCUAGAAAUUUGGCCUGCUACAGUGGACGUUGCGUUAGUCCAUGCUUAGAAGAGUCACCGUGUGCUCAGAACGCAAUUUGUUACGUCCAGGAUCACAAAGCCACCUGUCGUUGUCCAGAAAAUAUUCCCGCUGGAAAUCCAUAUUCCUAUUGCACGCACGUUCCCACGACAGAAUUCGACGAGCCGGAAUGCAGAAUCGACAUUGAUUGCGCUGACAAACUGGUGUGCAUUAAAAAUAAGUGUAUCGAUCCUUGUCCAGUGAUCAAACCAUGUCUACAGAAUGCACGUUGCAACGUUUUGGACACUGUUCCGGUGAGAACCAUGACGUGCACGUGUCCUGAGGGCUGGACCACUGAUAUUGAUGGCAUUUGUAGACCAAUCCAAAUAGCGAUAAUCGGCACCUGUACGACGAACGACGAGUGCAGCGACGCAGAAGCUUGCAUCAACAGGCAAUGCAGAAAUCCGUGCAACUGCGGUACCAACGCCGCGUGUAACGUACGAAACCACAAACCGAUCUGUUCCUGCGACGAAGGCUACCAAGGCAACCCAGACAUCGCUUGCUACUCCGUGGAAUGCACACGCGACAGCGAAUGUGCCUUAGACAAGAGUUGCGUGAACAACAACUGCGUGAAUCCUUGUCUAAUCACCGAUAACUGCGGAGUAAACGCGGAAUGCUUCCCCAACAACCACAAAGUCGACUGUCGAUGUCGCAAGGGCUAUUAUGGAAAUCCUUUGGAUCGUUGCAGAGUGAUCGGUUGCUACAGCAAUGGCGAUUGUCCAGGAGACUAUUCCUGCAUCAACAUGCAGUGUAUCAAUCCUUGCGUUCACAGCAAUCCUUGCUCGUCACGAGCUGAAUGCAGAGUCUUCAAUCAUCUACCAAUAUGUCGUUGUCCAGCUUAUCACACUGGCAAUCCUUACAUUGCUUGUAAACUAGAGGAGAGGCCAGAGUGUACAGAGGACAGUGAUUGUCCUAAUUUGUUGGCCUGCUUCGAUAACAAGUGUCAGAAUCCUUGCACUGUUGUGCAACCUUGCAGCGAACCAUCUGAAUGCAAGGUUCUUCCAACGUAUCCAGUACGCACGAUGGUUUGCGUCUGUCCCAGUGGAUACGUGAGCAGUGGCAGCGGAACUUGUAGACCGACGAAACCGAUCGUCGAGGUAGAAUGUACCAGAGACAGCGAUUGUCCUUCGGAGAAGUCUUGUAUUAACGCGGUGUGCAAGAAUCCUUGCGCCUGCGGUCCCAAUGCGGAAUGCAGUGUCGCAAAUCAUAAGCCGAUCUGCUCAUGCGUUUUGGGAUACGACGGUAAUCCCGAUUUGGCUUGCACUAAAGUCGCCGGAUGUCGCACAGACGGUGAUUGCAGUGGAUCACACGCGUGUGUUCAGCACAACUGUGUUCCAGUGUGUUCUCCGUUGUUGUCCACCUGCGGAAAAGGCGCCGUAUGCAAUGGCAUUAAUCAUAAAGCGAUCUGUGAAUGUCCACCAGGAUACGGAGGCAAUGCAAGAGUCUCUUGCGUCCUCCUUGGUUGCAAGAGUAAUUCUGAUUGUCCUACGAAUAAAGCUUGUAUCAACGAUCGCUGCGAGAAUCCUUGCGCGGUGAAUCCUUGCACCGGAAACAUGGAUUGCAACGUCUAUAACCACGUAGUUGAGUGUGCUUGUCCACCUGGUUACAUUGGGGACACUAAAUUGGGAUGUACCAAACUAACGGAGAAAUGCAAAGCGGAUAACGAAUGUCCAUCUCAGACUGCCUGUUUCAACGGCGAGUGCAUCAAUCCUUGCGUGAAGAUCGAACCUUGUGGAAUAAAUGCAGAUUGCAAAGUGCUCGACACAUCUCCUGUAAGGACCAUGAUUUGUGAAUGCAUUCCUGGAUACAGAGGAAACGCAGUUGUCCGCUGUGACAAAACUAAUGUAUGUCCAGUAGAGAAGGGUCAAAUUCUCGACGAGUAUGGCAAUUGUGUCUGUCCACCUGGAUCAGCUAGGGACGAGACAGAAGUGUGUAUACCGUGUAGGAAACAAUCUGGAAUGAUUAUCAAUGAUGAAGGAUACUGUGUAUGUGCCUUGGAGAACGGUAUGAUCAUCGAUGAAUAUGGUCGCUGCGUAUGUCCAACUCAACAUGGAUACAGGCUGGACGCGAAUGGAUACUGCAAAUUAGUUGAUAUAAUCGAGUGCAAACACGACGACGAUUGUGCGGAUAACAGAUUCUGCGAUAAGACGAGUCAGACAUGCGAAGAUCCUUGUUCAACUCAAUUGUGUGGCCUAUAUGCGCUCUGCAAUGCUACUCGUCAUCAAGCCAUUUGCAUAUGUAUCAAUGGAUAUAUUGGAAAUGCUUAUACUCAAUGCUAUGACAAAAAUCGGUGGCGAACCGAUUUCCCUAGACCAGAGAUGGUUGUCAGUUGUUUGUCAGAUGGAGUGCAAGUUGAAAUACACCUUCACGAUCAGGAAUUUGACGGGGUCCUGUAUGUGAAAGGGCACAGCAAAGAUGAACAGUGCAGAAGGGUUGUCUCCAUUCCAGCAGAAACUAUGCACAAAACCGAGAUAUUCAAGGUGGCGUUUGGAAAUUGCGGACUGAUACAUGUAAACGGACAAGCAAGCUUCGUACUGGUCAUACAAAAGCAUCCAAAAUUAAUGACAUAUAAGACUCAAGCGUACCAUAUUAAAUGCAUAUAUCAAACUGGAGAACAAAAUGUCACCCUCGGUUUCAACGUCUCGAUGUUAACUACAGCUGGUACCAUUGCCAAUACUGGCCCUCCACCAGUCUGUCUAAUGAAGAUCGUUACUCAAAACGGAAAUGAAAUAAACUCUGCCGAAAUUGGAGAUAAUUUGAUGUUGCAAGUCGAAGUUCAGCCUUCCACUAUUUACGGUGGAUUUGCCCGAAAUUGCGUGGCUAAAACGAUGGAAGACAACUUGGAGAAUGAGUACAUUGUAACAGAUGAAAACGGCUGCGCGACAGAUCCGACGAUAUUCGGGGAAUGGGAACAGAAUCCUGAAACUCAAACGUUAAUGGCCAGCUUUAAUGCCUUCAAAUUCCCAAGUAGCGACAAUAUUCGAUUCCAGUGCAAUAUCCGUGUGUGCUUUGGACGCUGUCAACCCGUCAAUUGUCGAGGAUACAACGCUUUCGGUCGUCGCCGUCGAGAUGUGAGUUCCGAGACAAAUGAUACGUCCUUAAGUGUCACGGACAACUUCGAAGGGCAACUUCGAGAAGAAAUAACGAUCCAGUCGAAUCUUAUAUUCACUCUGGAGAGGAGAGAAGAAAGGUUCACAGCAGAUCCAGCUGAAAUUACUUCAGCUCAGAAAGUGGAAGACAUUUGCGUUUCUAUGGUCGGCUUUGUGAUAGCACUAGUAAUUACAGCACUCUUGGCACUAGUCGCUGUAGCUAUUGCUGUAUCGUGCUGGCUAAUGGCGUAUCGUCGUCAGCCAAAGACUGCUGGACCACUGCCACACCCACCAGAGUUCCCAAAUCCAUUGUUCACUACCGAAUCUGUAGCUGAACCAUCUCCUGAUUAUCACCUAUCGUAAUUACUCUAGGAUAAUUAUUUUAUAACGUAAUUUUUUAAUUCUCAACGAAAUGCAGUACAGACCAUAUUACUUUUUUCUUUUUCUUCUUGAUGGUCGGUCAUGUAUUUCUUUUAACGACUCCUCCAGUGACUAGACUCUAUCCUCUCGAGGGUUCAUACCGAGCGUAUUACACGUUCAACCGAUACAUACGAGUACCCUGAAUAUAUAUAAAUAGUUAGAUAGAAACGGAACGUGUAGAACGAGAGAAAAACGUUUACUAUUUAUGGUGAUGGUUUGCUUCCAUUAUCUACACAAUUUGAUAGAACUCUGUCUUCCGUCGUAUCCUCUUGUCUGUAACUUUACUCUCCUCUUCCUGUAGUCACUGGAGGAUUUGUCAAGCGUAACACAGCGAAUUUAAUUCCCGUGUAAAGUCGAACGAAUUAGUCUAAUAUAGCUUUCUUACUUCGUGCGUAAGUAACUGUACAUUUUAUCUAAUAAAAUGCUAAUGUAAUAUUUUUAAAA